UUUUUCGCAACCGCCAUUAUCGAUCAGCGGAGUGCUCAGAUUCACUUUUCACUGUCGGGAUUUUUCACGUACUUCAGGAUGAAGCUCAGAUACUAGGCAGGAUUGUUUAAAGUAAAAACAAAACAUUGUGGCCUAAUAGCAACAUACUUUUACUCCAACAACCAUUGUGUCACGUGCUCUAGCGGAUACAAUAUAACAGAUUGAAAGGAGGGAGCAGAAUCAAGGAGCGGAAAAAUACCACUUUCACCAAAGAAAAAAUAACAGUGAAACAACGGGGGACAGUAAAGAGGAAUAUUGCUGCGUUAGAGUAAAACCUGGUGAUAAUCAUUAUUUUUGCGUGAAGUGUUUUACCAACAGAAAGGAAUUGUAAAGCUGGUCUCUGGAAAUCUACGCCAUUUGAUACCUUGUACUGUUCAACGAUUUGCAUCUAUCAUCCCAUUUAACGAAAACGUUCGACUAGUCAGAUCCGUCAAAUCGAGAAGAGAAGUCUAUGGCAUCGGUUGGAGUAUUUACCUUUCCGGGUACUAUCAGCACAGGCAAUGCUGUUGGUGGCACCAGUACCAAUAAUCUUGUUCCUACGGCAGCCAUCCUAAUGCCAAUUUCGGCACCUGUUCCUAGUGCCGUUACGACCCAAACGCCCGCUGUAACGGGAAGUGACACUCCUCCACCAUCUACCAACAACGCGGUGUCAUCAGCUAAUAGUCCAUCGUCGGCAAUCGCAAACGGCUCGACUGCUAUCGCUGCUCCGAUAAUUUCGAUGUCGCCUACUUCUGAAAACGUACCAAUGGUAAAGUCUGUGCCAGUCAGAACGGUAACGCCGACUACCAUGGGGGGAAUAUUUUCCGAAACUUUUAAGCUUGUUGAAAAUGGACCGUUCGAUGAGAUUGAACCUGAUGCUAAUGGUGGACGUAGUUCAGGAAAUGUGAGCGUUCAGGAUUCUAUCCACGGCUAUCCGUUAGAAAACGGUUCGCUUACCGAUUUCAUGGAACAGGAUUGUACCGUUUGCCAAAACAAAUAUGUCUCGCCGCGGGUUUUGUCUUGUCUGCACGUGUUCUGUGAAACUUGUUUGGAGAAGCUACUAAACGAGGAAGAUGGGAAAAAGUUCGAUUGUUUGAUCGAAUGUCCCACAUGUAAGCAACCAACAAAACUGGGACCUGCAGGAGUGCGCGCGUUGCAUCAGGAUUAUAUCCUUACCAAUGUACUUGAUUUGUCGACUAUCGAACCCUCGAUGCUGGCCUGUACAUCUUGCAAAAGCAAGGAAACGGCCAUUUCACGUUGUAACGAUUGUGCCAACUUUUUGUGCGCUAGUUGCGACAACGCCCACCGCUAUAUGCGAUGUUUCGAGGACCAUAAAGUUGUACAACUGGAAGAUUUGCGGCAAUCGUCCGAGAAGGUUGCCAUUCAUAAGCCACUUUAUUGCACUGUUCAUUCUCAGGAAAAUUUGAAGUAUUUCUGCUUUAAUUGUCAGAUUCCGGUGUGCAAUGAAUGUUUGAUUGGUGAGCAUAAGGGCAAGGAACACAACUAUCAAAUCAUCAGCGAAGCUGAGAAGCCAAUGCGUAUAGAAUUGGAAAAACUGAUUAAAGAUGCUAAAAAUAAAAUUGAAUGCUGCAACCAAACCACAAGUAGCCUUGAAGCGUCCCUACAGGAUUUACAAAAUCAAUUCGAGACGGCUCGUGAUUUAAUCAACGAAUCUUUCCAAAGCUUCAAGGCUGUACUCGAAAAAUGCCGGGACAAUGCACUGAAGAAUCUUGAGAAGUUGCACUCGGAACGCGAGCUGAAGAUCAUGGAAUUAUUCCAUAACGUGGAGAAGUCUACUGAAAAGAUAGAUAAUACUGCCAAGUUUACUAAAAAGGUACUAGAGCAAGCAAAUGCGCCAGAGUUAUUAAGCCUGAAGAAAAUGAUUUCCACGCAAUUUGGUAUUUUGAUGGGAUCAGCGCCAAAAGUUGAUGUGAAUUUUUCCCUAGAAUUUCAAACCAGCUUCGAAAAGUUCGACCAAGUCGCCCCCGAAUUAUUUGGAUCAUUCCGCACAGAAACCGUUUCACAGAACCCAAAAGAAACAACGCCUCCGCCAACCUUGCCAGGGAUGUCGAUAAUGAUCAAUAAGCCCCCGGUAAACAACACCGGUGGCUGUGGCUUGUCACAAGGUCCACUAACUGGAUCAGUCACUGCCAGUAGUCCUAUUUCGUUACCAACAUCGAUGCAGUCAUCGUUUGACGGUGAUAUUUCCAACAUAGGCACGAGUUACAUGUUACCACACGUUCUCACUCCAGAACCACCAACAUCUACUCCAAUUGCCAACAAUCAUAUGACUGCAGCUCCAGCAACUGUCGGAGGAUCGGCUACUCUUCCAGGUUUGACCAGCAUUGCUGAGUACAACCUUCAUCGCUUGGCCAAUCUGGCUGAAACCUCGAGUGAUAUAACAGAUGCAAUUGUACCUGUAAACAACAAUCCGACCACCAACUUUACGCUUGCAGACUUGAUCUCAGGUGAUCAGAAUGCGUUUCAAGCUCUUGCCAAGUAUGGUCUCAACAGCCCGGAUCUGCAAUCAGGUCCAAUCAUAACAACUCAUCCUAAUAUCGAUAAUCUUUCGUUGCUGAACGAUUUCUCUGGUUUGCCGGGCCCGACAUCGACAAUGAUUCCAGCUACACCGAUGUCUAUCGAUUCAUCGCUUGGCAGCGAUAUGGGCGCUAUGAGUCGUUUCCAAGUUAAUGGACGCACGAAGGCAACACCGAUGCAAAUUCGCUGUAAGUUCGGUUCUCUGGGUCAAACAAAGGGGCAGUUCAAUUCACCACAUGGAUUUUGUCUCGGAGUUGAGGAGGAAAUCGUGGUUGCUGAUACGAACAAUCAUCGUAUUGAGAUAUUCGAGAAGAAUGGCGCGUUCAAGUUUUCGUUCGGCGUUCCUGGCAAGGAGGAAGGUCAGCUGUUCUAUCCACGCAAGGUAGCCGUGAUGCGCUCGAGUGCAAAGUUCGUUGUUUGUGAUCGUGGAAAUGAGCGUUCGAGGAUGCAAAUAUUCUCAAAAAAUGGACAUUUUAUUAAAAAGAUUGCCAUUCGCUACAUUGAUAUUGUCGCUGGUUUGGCUGUGACCAAUAAAGGACUGAUCGUAGCUGUCGACAGUGUGUCUCCUACAGUUUUCAUUAUUUCAGAGGAUGGAAAUCUAAUCCACUGGUUCGAUUGCAGCGAUUUUAUGCGAGAACCUUCUGAUAUCGCCAUAAAUGGUUCCGAUUUCUAUGUGUGCGAUUUUAAAGGACACUGUGUAGCAGUUUUCUCCGAAGAAGGUACGUUCAAAUAUCGUAUCGGUAGUGAGAAAGUUACCUGUUUCCCAAAUGGUAUCGAUAUAUCCGAUGCUGGUGAUGUCCUGAUUGGCGAUUCGCAUGGUAACCGUUUCCAUGUGGCUUGCUACUCGAAAGAUGGACAGCUACAAUCGGAAUAUGAGUGUCCAUAUGUGAAGGUUUCACGAUGCUGCGGGCUCAAAAUUACCUCCGAGGGGUACGUCGUGACACUUGCCAAAAAUAACCAUCACGUACUCGUACUCAACACUCUCUACAUUCAGUGAUUGACCGCCGGAGCUAGAAUUCUCAAGCCGAAUCGUUAGGUACCAAGGUAAGUGCGCUGGGCAGAUUCGGCUACUGGAGAAAAGUGCGUGUGACAGCGCGAAUGUGUUAAUCAGAAUUAAAAAACACGAUGUAUCGAUUCAUUACCUAGCUGAAAGCUAAGGUCAUCCAUUUAUACGCUUCAGAGAGCAACCGUCAAGUCAAGUAUGUCAUUUAUGGCACCCCACGUAUCUAUCUAAUACACCCCGUCACAUGCAAUCCGUUGCAAUCGAAAGGAGGAGAUGUAUACAUUAAUCUAUGCUGUUUGGUAGGUGUGGCAUCCUGUGGAAACAACCUUACAAAACAUCUUUGGAAAAGAGAUAUUACGAUAUUAUGUUCUUUUACCAAUACUAUUAUUAUUUUAAUUUUUCAUUUUAUCAACAUUUUAUUAUUUUAUUCUAAUAUGAUACUAUUUUAAACAAUAUUUGUUAUUGAAAACUGAAGAACUGAAUGAUCUCCAAUUUUUAUUUUACAACAACAAGAGCGAGAUAAUGUUUAAUUUUAGUAAAUUCAAAACGAAAAAAACUAAUAAAGAAGAAACCAUAAUUGUAGAAACAGCGAGCUGUAAGAUUUGCGAAAUUUGUUAAACAAAUAAUGAUACACCUGUAUUAUCAAAUAAGUUGUUUCCUAUAGAGAGAAAGAGUGAGUGUAUUGAAACGCAGUGUGGUAUCGUACCCUUCAUUUUUUGUCAUAAAGGCGCGAUUAUUUAUAGAAGAAAAAUGAAAAUGAAGAAACACGGAAAACAAACAAAUCCUGUUUUUUACAAAACAACAAAUCUUUCGAACGUGUAAAUAUUUUUAAAAUGAUUAUUAUACACAACAAAGUUAAUAUUAUGAACUGUAGGAAUAAUUUCUUUGAAAGCAGAUCAAACGAAGUAGAAUAAUACAAGAGAAGACAUAUUUUACAUAGAAGUAUACAUUCAUAGAGCCGCCAUAUUUUCUGCUAUUCGUAUAACUUUUUCCAUCGUGAAUUUUUGGCUCUUAUUAUCCUUUCAUAUUCAUUGAUCCGAGAAGCUAGUUCUAAACUAAUACUGUGUUUUUCUUUUUUAAAGCAGGACUCAAUUCCAUUAGGGUGGAGCUUUUUUAUAUAGAUUUUUAGUAAGAGAAAAAAAAAAUCAUUUGUCUGUUGUUUAGUAAUGUUAUUUUUUUAUUUCUUGAAUCAUAUAGCUUUUAAUUAAAACUCAUACAAACAUGUUGAAUGUAUAUCGCAGUAUUCAUCUCUUCGUAUCAUAUCUUUUGCAACAAUGUAUAGUAAUGAGCACACGUUGAUAGAAAUCUUGUAUUCAAUUUAAUUUUCCAGGACUUUUGUUAUACUGAUGUCUAGUACAAUGCCUAUGUUUCGUAUUAUUUAGUUUUGUUCAAUAUUUAAAACGCUGUCCUUUCAUCUGAAUCCCAUAGUAAAUCUAUGGGACUUCCCGGAAUGUCCGUGAGUGGUACGCUCAUGCUCUUUUGUUUUUAUAAUGGCGUUUACGUUGACACAUGAACAGUUCAAUGAUUUCUGUAUUGAUAAAAUAUUGUUUUCAUGCUGACAUAUUUUUUCGUAUUUGCACCUCAUUUGUAGUCCUUCUUCGCGUUAUCCACGAUUUUCGUUAUUCGCGAAGACCUUGCCAGACUAUUCUGGGGAUAAUCGGAGGGGUUCUACUGUACUUUGAUUGAUAUUUUUUUCUAUCAUGCAUGAGACAAUAAGAUUAUAUAGCACCAUGCAAUUUUUGAUUAUGUACUUCACUAGGUUGUCAGCAUUUUGCCCGUCUUUCAAUCUAAUGUAAAAGUUAUCGAAAGUUUUUCAUUCUAUAUUUAUAUGUUCAUUUUAAUCUCAUCCUGAGUUUUGGAUUUACAGUUCGUGUAAUCUGAGUUCGGAUUCUAUAACAAAGAACUUACCGUCGUAGGAUAAAAAUUCUUCACAUUGAGACGAGUGAUAGUUUUUUAGCUCAAAUGAUUUCGGAGUGUUCAUUUAUUAAUUUUUUUAUUUUUGAAUUUUCGUGAACCGCGCGUUUGGCCCAUUUUAAAUAAUUAGUUUAAAAAUCAAUAUUCGUUUUGUAAAUUGUUUGUCGACGUCUAAUAUGCUACAACGUGAAAUCACUGGAAUGAGAAAAAAUAUCACUGCUUCCGAUUUCCAAAUAUGUUUUGUGAAUCAAAAUAAACACACAACGUUAAUUGUUUUUGAUAAAAAAAAUGCAAACAAAUAGAGCUGAGUAUACCGAAUGUAUAUUGCGAAUACUGGGAAGAAGCUAACGCUUGAAAAUCAAAAUUUUAGGCGUAUAGAUUAUCGUGUGAUUCAUUUUCUUUUUUGUUUUAUUAUUGAAGAAAUAUUUUGUUUACAGUUCUUUCAUCAUGAACACAAAAAUGUACUCUAGAAGAGAAAAAAAUUCCGUUUUCUAAUCAUUAGUUUAGUAUAUAUACAUAUAUAUAUAUAUAUAUAUAUAUAUAUAUAUAUAUAUAUAUAUAUAUAUAUAUUUUUUUAUCUUAAUGCAACCAAACCAGAAGCAAAUCCCGUUGAAAAAGUAACUACAUCAGGAUAGUUUUUUUUUUAUAUAUUCGUUUAUAUCUACGCUACAUUCGAAUCUCUGCUAGUGUGACGAGCAUGCUGAAAAAGUUCACGUUAAUUGACUUUAUGCGUAACAGUUAUAAAGCAAGUUAGUUACUGAUGCAAUAUCAUGAUGCCAUACAUUACGACAUAAACUACAAAGAGGACCCAUUUUCCUAUUCCUACAAAAAGGUUGCAAAACUUUUCAAUCAUUUCGUUCUCAUUCCUUUUUUUCCAAAUUUCAUGUUUUGUUAUGCAACAGACGUUAAAAUCUUACUAUAUAUUAAGAUAAUGUGAAAGAGAACCCAUGUUCACAACUCGUUGACGCAAUAUUAUAUUUGCCAGAAAAUGAUUAGAUGGCAACUGUGCACUGUCCUUUUCUCUAUUUCAAUUGUAGAUAUUACGCAUAAGAUAAAUAUCGGCGAAAAUUUUAUAUCCGGUCGAAUAGAAAUAUUUGAAAGAUGGUAUUCUUUUCGCCAUCUUCACUCGUCACGUAUGUAUUUUUUCAUUUUUUUUCUCUAGGAUUACAUCGUUCGAAGAACGCGCUCAAUUUUAUUUGACUAAAUAUACAUAAUUAAUGCGUUUUGGCGGCGAUCGAUGGAGAACUUGGUUGUUCGCAAGAAAGACAUAUUUUUUGGGAGAUUUACUUAUGAUUUCUCCGCUACCUGAGAAGACAACUAAAAAGCAUAGAUUCAUGGAUAUGUUAAUGAGCAACGAAUUUCUCCGAAGGAAGUUGUGGUUUUUGCCGCUCCUACGAUCACGAACAACUAAAGAGCAACUAGAAACGCUAUAACCUGUUAGUUUAAAUUGCACGCUUAUAAUUUUUAUCGCAUUUAAAAAUCUAGAUACAUUUAUAUUUAACAAACAAAUCUAAUUCAUAACACAACAUCAGAAAAAAGACAAACACUCAAGAGUGACAAAGUAAAUCGAGAAUGAAUAUUUGAAAACAACCCAAAGUAAAUAUCGCGUAUUUAAAAUGAUAUUUUUUGCCUUAUAUUUUACAUUUUUACAUCAUUAGUGGUAACAUCCAAUACACUGUAGAAAGUGCAAAGAAGAGUAGAGCAGUUUUUGAUUCUUUUUUCUUGAUUAUAAAUUACUAACGAAAGCCUAGUAUAGAUCGAGUGAUUUUACCAAAAAAAAAAAAAGAAAAUGAUUACAUAUUUUCGUAUAACAAAAAUAUUUUUUCAAACAAACAAUAUACCCAAAAUGCAAGGAACAGGACCCGAAAAGUAUGAAUUUAAAGACCAAUACUGAAACGAAACUGUGGAUUCACGGCAUUAUGCAUUUGAUCUAAGUAUCAAACUAGCAUUAUUAUACAGAUUCAACGACCAACAAACAACACGUCUUAUUAUUGAAGAUCGACUUUCGGUAGUUUUUUUUCGGUUCCUUACAUUUUAGUGUUAAGAAGUGAGUUUUUUCUUAUACGACCGAGAAUAAAAUCAUACUGAAAUAUAAAGAUACCUUAGCUCUCAAUAAUAGUCUUUGAGCACUUGUGACAGAAAAGCGAUUAAUUGGCAAUUAUUCUAGGCUGUCAGGAACAAUCUUCUAGUUAAAUUUUGUUUUUGGGUCAUGCAUGCUCUAAAAAAAGUUCACUUUUGUAUCUAUACGGGUGCUUGAGACGUGGGGUACAUAUUGAUUACCCUUAGAGAAAGUGAUAUACUACAUCAUUGAAUAAUGUUCGACACCCCAUUUGCUAGUUCUCUAACAUCUAUUCCCAUGGGUUCGAUACUAGAGGAAGCUAAAUACAGCUAGCUAUUUUUCAUUCUAGACGUGGAGAGGAAUCAUUCUCAAACACAAGUGUAUCUUUGAUGCUAAAUAGGAAUUCGCAUAUUAUCAUUUUUUUUCGGAUAAUCAUGUUGCGUAAUCAGUGGAAUACAGGUUAAAAAUCCAUGUCUUUAGUGUAAAAGGUGAAAAAUACUUCAUUAGAAACAUAUCUAAAUCCAAUUUGUCAAUUGUAAUUAACCGUCUAGGUGUUAAUCAGGUUUAUCGAGAUAUUCAUCGCACUUUCUGUGACAUCAUGUCUUUCGCUUAUGGUUUGGUCUAAAUUCGCGAAAUUCAUUGAGUCUCAUCACACUCAGACUUUCAAACCGCAAGCGGAUAAAAGUUUGAAUAGAUUGUGUGAGAACCUCAAGGGUCAGAGAUAACACAAACAUGGAAAGUAUAUUUUCUAAAUACAUAAUCUUAAGAAUGCGUAAAAGCCACAAAGAACUAUAAUUAUACAACUUAAUGAAACGGAAUAACAGUGCCAUGUUUUAAAAGCAGAUUGUAACGUAUACUUUUUUUCAGUUUUUUAAUCAAUAUUUUAAUGAACAAUUUUACAGUAAAUCUUGAAGCAAAACACAGAUAAUAAUUAAAGGCAAGUGAAACUUCGACGAAGACAGAGUCAGGACGAUAUUCGCAAUUGUAUAUUGUGGUGUUUUUUUGAGUUUCGAUCCGAUAGAAAUACAAAUUAUCUCUCGAUAAGCAAUGAUGUUUGGCUGUAGUGUUCCUUAAUUGAUAUAGUCUCAUUGUUUUUUUUUGUUCUAGAAAUCGUAGAAUAGUAAGUUCGAAACUAGUAUUUACAUUUACAAAUGUGGGCCGAAAGAUGUGUGGAGUGGUAGUAGUAUGUAUGUAGUACAUAGAUGGAAGAUAAAGACAUAGAUAGGUUUUAUUGUCUUUUUUCCCCAUUUCUGGUCGCAGAAAGAAAAUGAAACGAUGUGUAAAGUAUUUAUUCUAUAUCGAAAUGCGGAAAUCGGUAGUAUACAAUAAUUUCUACGUCAGAAAGGUUUGAAAGUGUCUUCAAGGAAUGUUUGACAGAGUAUUCAAUGUAAUCUGAUGAGUAAUAGCCGAACUCUCGUACAUCUCAAAUACAAUCAAAAAGUUUACCGAUGUAGUGUUAGUAGUGGGUAUUUGAUAUGCUGUGACAGAUUGAAAUCCACCUUUUAUUUAUUUAUUUGAUCAUUCAAUUUAUGUGGAUAAGAUGAGGUUUUUGACGCGUUAAUAAUUUUAUAGGAUAAUUUUACAGCAAUUGUGACCAAGGCGCAAAAAUUCUACAUAAAACAAAAAAAAACUUUUCGUACAGAUUAAAUUGUUGUUUCGUUUACACUUUAGUCCAUGUAGAAGAAAUACGAAAAAUAAAUGCUCACCUAUAUACAUAUUUAUACAAACAACUGAAAGUUGAAAUUGCUAACAACAAAAAUAUACAAAACUUACAGCACUGUUCUCAACACUGUACUACUUAUUGAAAUCCUACCUUCGAUUGAGACAUUAAUUUAAACAACCUUAACAGAAAUUGAACCUAACGCAAGUGAAAAGCAUCACAUAUUUGUUCAUUGAUGUUUAAUGUUUUAGAUUAAUUUGAAGAAAAAAAUAAUGCAUUUAUGAACAUCAUAUUUCUCAUACCAAUCCUUUCCAAGGAAUUUGAUUAAAACACAGUCUUCGCCAAUGUGAUAAAACCGUUUCCUUGUUUUUUUACUGGUUAACAAAAACAUACGUUUGAUAUUUAUUUCUCAUUUUGAACAACCCAUAUAGAACAGACAUGUACAAAAUUAUAUUUAUAUAACGAAGGUAGACAAAAUAUUUAAACAGAAAAUAAACAAUUAUAUCCCAGUCGUCAUCUAUAUUUUACCGCAACAUGAUGAAAUCUAUAGGAAGGAAGGAGGGAAAAAAUCAAUUGAAUCACAUAACUUACAAUAACAAUACCUUUUCUCAUACGACGAAUAAACUAUUGAUAAACAAGACAACUAUUUACAUAAUAUUAUUGAAUUGCUCUUAUAAUAACAAUGCAGAUAAUUAUGCAUCAUAUAUAGAACAUACGUGAAAGGUAUUUUUCGCGACAGUAAGACCAAUUGGUAAAUGAAAAUAAACAAGAUCAAGGAAAAAGCAACACACAUACCUAUAUUUACAAAAGGACUAUACAGAACAAUAGUUAUGCUACUCAUUAAAAAAACAAUUACAUGCCAUGAGAUCUGACGAAAUAUCAAUAGACACUGUCCGUGAAUAGUUUGUGCACGUUUUGUUUGUCCAGAUUACAUCCGCGAUUUGAGCAGAUUUCAUCGAAUGUUGUCUUUUCCGUAUCAAUCAGAAAAAAAACCAUGUUGCUCGGGUGAGUUAAGACAAAACAAAAAGAUUGGAAACUCGUCGAACGGAAACAAAAAAGAAGAAAAGAAAACCGUAGCAGCACUUUAUCUAGCAGUGUUCGGAAAAUCGCAUACAAACAGGGGCUUGUACUCUGAUAGUAAUGAUAUUUAUUAUUAAUACUUGUUAUUUCUCAUUCCAUCCAGGAAAAAUAAGGAAAACUAUUACAGAAAAAAAAACGCACGACAAAGAGUAAACCAUAAAACGAGUUGAAAUAAAUUUCAAUUGAAUGGGCGAUAAUGAGGGCAAGGAAAUUAUUUAAGCUUGACCGUAAUAUUAGAAUAUAUCUGUAAAAAUGUUCCCGCCUUAUUUUAUUUUAUAAACAAGUGAUGAUAUAUUUACUACUUUACACUCUUGUCAACGAGUAACAUUAUAGUGGUUUAAUGCGUUUUUAUUAAAGGUAUAACUUUAUUCAUAGUACUGGAGUGCCUAUUGCACAAUUUUUAAAACUUGUUUUUUUUUGCUUUUUACUUUUUAAUUAUACACACGUAUAUACAUAGUGAACGCGCUAGUAUACAAUCAUUUCGAGAAAAUAAAGUUUACAAUUUAUUUACUUUAACUUGUUAUUGUUUUAUUUAUUUUUUCGACUAGUCGAUGAGCGGGUGGGGUACACUAUUCUGACUUUGGAGUUUUAUUUGAGUUUUAUAGUAUUUUGCUAGAGUUUGUCGUACCCAAACGUUUAUGAAUUUUUUUAAAUUUCUAUUUGUGUUGCGGUGACGAUCUUUCGCGAUAUAAUAUAGUGAUGGAUGGCUAUAAUACAGUGGUGAUCGAAUGAUUCGUCUUCCUUUUAUUAAAUGACUUCAACGUUUCGCGAUGAACUUAUUUUUUAAAUUUAUAACUAGCUAUUGAUAUUUUCAUUUAAAUAAGCCAGGACACUCAAGUUCCCACAGAAAUGUUCACAUCUGUUGCUCCGUUCUCGAGUUAAAUCGUGAGGAAUGGACAUCAAAUCAUUUUUAUUUAUAUAGAUAUACAAAAUUCGCUGAAAAAUGACCUUCCAAUUUUCCAUCUUUUCGAAUUAUUUCAUAACUUUGUUGACAUAUAAACCUGAUGCUGACUGCCCGUUGACAAAUCCGUUGCCCCGUUCUCAAGUUAAAUCGCGAGGAACGGACACCACAUCCUUUUUAUUUAUAUAGAUGAUACUACAUCCCUUUGAGAGAUUAGAUCUUCUUCACAAUAUUCCACCAAUAAACCUGAUUCAUGGCUGCAGUUCUUAAACUGCCGCCCGCAUCGAUUCUUGUCAAGUCCUGCUCCACCUGGUCCAUCCACCUCGCUCGCUGGGCUCCUUUCCUUUUGUUCCUACCGGAUUCGAUGCGAACACCAUCUUUGCAGUGCUACUGUUCGGCAAUCUUGCCAAAUGCUCUGCCCAUCGCAUCGAUAUGAACUUAGAUUUCCCUAUGUAUAUGCGCCUCUUCUUAUUAGUUGCCAUAAAUUGAAAUUUAACAUAGCCCUAAAACAAUAUCCAGCGAUGUUAAGCCACAUGAAUUCAAUGGAACAGUUAUGCCCAUCCCAUUUCGCGAUAAAUGUAGUAGUAGUAUGAUGCAUCUUGCGGAGAGAGAAUAACAUCACCAUUGAUGUUAUUGGCUUGGCUUCACACGAUAGCGGUAAUUCUGUUUGUUGACGUUGCCGUUCUUGCGUCUUGACUUCAACACCUUAAUAAGGCUAAUCUGGAGCCCAAGGAAGUUUGGUCUGUGUCGCCGAUCAGGACUAUAAAUUUCAUCAAACAGAUUAUUCCUGAUUGGCACCUACCUCACUAUAGCUUUUAAUCUACUUCUUCAUCAAUAAGCAGUAGAUAAACUGGAAGCGUAGUAUAAAAAAUGGGGCAUACCACAAUAGUUCAAAAUAAUGGACGCAUUGGACAACAAGAGGAAAAAAAAGGUUGAACGCGUACGAAUUCGGACCCGAAAAUCUUGUUGGGGUUGAAACAUCCAUUUUAUUUUAGUUCAUUGUAACAGGUAUACAUUAGAAGAUAUUGGACCUGAUCACGAACGUCACUUCACGGCGAAAACGAAAUGAAGUCCAUACAAAUUGCAUACAAUUCAUUUCGUUUUCACCGUGAAGUGACGUUCGUGAUCAGGCCCUAUAUAACCUUGCAUAAAAUUCUUUUCGUUUUCACUGUGAAGUGAUCUGUUCGUGAUCAGGCCCAUCAUGAUUAUUUUAUCAGUGCUCCCGGGGUCGAGUGGUUAGCGUUACACAUUAUCAUGCCGGGGGAUCGGUUCGAUUCGCGUCCUAGCCAUUUUUUUUCAUUUCGUCCUAGUUCAAUUGCAGUUCCACCUUUUUUCUUCAGUAUGUGCUUCACGAUUGAUCAGUAAUCUUAAAUUGACCUUAGCUCCGAAUUCGUCUUCUUGGGAAAGUAUGGUGGCGUCUGUUCAAAUCCGGCUAGAAUAGGCGAUCCACUUCACGUUUCUCCAGGAAAGGCAGUAGUCUCCUCCGGCACUCCUGGUAAAUUUGCUGGUUCAUGGUCCCGGAAGUAAUAAAUGUUUCGCUUUUCAGUCCAUAACUGCAGAUUGCUUACCAGACAAGAACUUUUUGAGGACAUUCGAUUUCUCGACUUUACUUGUUUGCUAGCCAUUGUUCUGGUCAACCGAGAUAUGAAAUUCCUGCCCAGGAAUUUGAUCGUAAAUUGUCUGGCAAUACGUUCCGUCGUUCAUGGCCAUGCAACCAUAUUUUGUAAACAAUUUUUUUUCAUCUUCAAUUUCUGCUUUCCGGUCCUGCGCAAUCUGGGCCUUCAAACUUCUUAAAGGGGUAGUACACCAUGUAAUUUUGAAAAAAAAAAAAUAAAAAAAUCUGGGAUGUCUACUUUACUGUAGUUUUUGUCCGAUGCUCCGUUCCAAAGUUACAAGCCAACUAGUGGACCUAAGUCUUUGCGUAGGGAAGGCGGAUCCAAAAUUUUAAACGCGUUUUUCUCGAAACUAAGUUUUGCAAACUGGUGGGAGUUUUUCCUCCGGAACGGUCCAUCCGGUAUUGAUGAAAUAACUUUUCCCAGAUUCUCCACAAAAUUUCCUGUCAUCGUACGUAAGAUUUUUUUUACAUUUUGAAAAAUAAAAUAUUGGUUGUAAUGUUUAAUAAUGUUUUUGUCUCGAUUUUUGAGGCAAAAACGCAAUUUUUUGCAAAAAAUGUCGCCAUUUCGUCAAAAAUCAAUAUUUAAAAAAAACCCUACGUACGAUGACAGGAAAUAUAUCCAAGAUUACGUAAAAAAUCAUUGGUUGAAAUCGGUCCACUAGAAAAACUUGUGGAACUUCCAUUCCGUUCGUGGAGUGUUUUGCCUAGAGCUCGACAAGGUCAUAUUCAACAGAGGAUAGUCUGCGAACUAUGAAGAAAUUCGCCUUCGUAUUCAAUUGAAAAUGAGUUUUGGCUUCUUCCAGCAGUUUAACCGUCAUUAUGACUCAAUAGUCACUCGGGCGUUUAGUUGCUAUCUCACUCUGCGACUCGACUAUUUAAUUUCAUUCUUUCCCGUCAAAUGGACUUCAAUGCAUAUUGAAGUGAAGUAUACAUGUAUCGAUCUUUGAGUUCAACGUGGUUUGACAUAUACUACAGGCAGCAGCGUAGAGGGGAUAGACAGCGCCCCUGGCAAACUAACAAAAAAGGCGCCCCAAGAAUACCACUUUUUUCAAAUCAAAUCAAAAGGGUAUUGGUGUAAUAUGAUGUUGGGUGUUUCAAUUUUUUACUCAAUUGAAAUAUGAAAUAUAAUUCGGGGAUAAAAAUUGUUAUUGAAAAUUCUUGGAUUUUGGCGCCCCAAAGGCUCAGCGCCCCCGGCAAAUGCCGGGUUUGCCAGCCGCACACUACGCCGCUGACUACAGGUGAGCUAGAUUCGUUUGUAUCGUACACGAAAAUUACUCACACAUAUAAAAUAGCGUACAGUGUUGUGUUCAGAAACACUGACAAAUUUGUGAAUUUUGUUGAUAUAAACCCGUUUUUCUGCAUGUUUUUUUUCACAAUAUUGAACUCGGAGACAAAGUGAACUAAAUUUUUUUUUAGAAUUCUUCUCAAACUGCACGCUAUUUACUAAUACUAACGCGAGGACCUUUAUAGCAUAGCUGGUAACUGUUUAAGUUCGUUGUUUUGAGUUCACGGAGGUAAACCAUAAACUGUGCAUUGAUGGAGUAACUAUUUUUUUUGCAUCUGAAAUCAAGUUUUCGUUUCACUUUAUAUGGACGUAAAAAUCAGAUUGCGUAUGCGAGUAACGAGAUUCGUGUCAGAGGCAAUAGAAGUGUGGAUUGAUGUUAGGUUGAAUGAAGAGGCAAAUCUGUGCUCAUUAGUCACGUCAAUUAGAAGAACCAUUUGCUAGAUAGUUCAUCAUUCAUCCUCGCUCUCAACGUUAGUCAAUUCUUUUUCUAGACAAUUCAAAUCAUGUUGACGGCAAAUGCCGAAGUAGUCCUAAUCGAAGCGAAACUACUGAGAGGAGAGUGGAUUUGCAUUUUUCAUCUUCGAAGAUUUCGACCCCUGGGGUGACAUUGUGCAUUUCGAAACGAGUGAUUUUUGUUCGUUCCGACCACUUUAACUUAGCUUUGUUUACAAACCCAAAAAUUUUACAUUUCUCUACGAGACAAACUUUGCUCUAAAUCUAGUAUACUGAAAACAUUCAUUUGAAAAAGCUAUAUACAGUUGAAUUUCACUCGUUGGGCUAUCUUUAGUUGGGCUUCGAUUUAGUUGGGCUCCCGUUCGUUGGGCUAUAGCCCAACUAAAUCGAAGACAAACGUCAAUUCUGACAACGUAAAAUUUUUUUCGAGGGGCUCGUGGAUGGUAUUUUUAGGUUUAAAAUAAAUUUUAAAUGAAUCAUUGAAAUAAAUAAAAUCGAAUAUUAUUCAACAAAAACAAUAUUUAUUUUAAACGUUUCAAACAAAAUUAAACAAACCACGUAAAUUCAUUUUCAACAAAAUGGUAGAGUUCUUCAACAUGCUCGUUUUAGCCAUUCAACUUCAGUGAUUUUCGAACGUAGCGCGUUCAAACGGCAUACUUCUGCAACAUCAUGCUUCAUAUAGCGAACUAGGCAAUCAAUUGACUUGAUUGCAUCGCCAAAAUCAGGAUCUCCGGUACUAGUAAUGGAAGUAUCAAACGAAUUACUUCCAUCUUCUGUGUCUACCAACCAUUCUUCUUGCAUUUCAGGUUGAUCUUUCUUGAGAACUGAUGACAAAAUCUCGUCAUCAGAGAACACUUCACUGGUUACCCAAUCUGGAUUAUGAUCACCAUCAUACACCUGAUCUUUGAUCCACAGAUCAAUAUCUUGCUCAGAUGUUUUUGUUCCUGCCAAACUGUCAAUCCUGGACACAAGCGCUUUGAAGUCAUCAUCGGCCGCUUUCGAGUCUACAUUAACAGCAUCCUCCGGCAAACCAUCGAUCAAUUUCUUCCACGAAUUACGUAUAGUUUUGUCAGAUAUCUCCUCCCAAGAGGUUGCCAACCACGAAAUACACUGUUGAAGAUUAAUCUUCUUCAAUCGUUCUUCGAAACUAAAGAGGAAAGUACAUAAAUAAAACCUCAAUUAGAAUUUGAAUUUAAAUUUUGAAAAAGCACAGACGAAAAACUAUCGUGCGCAUAGUUUUGUGUUUAUAUUUGGAAUUAAUUACAAAAAUUUAAUGUUUAAUAUUUGGAAAUUUACCUUAAGUGUUCGUUUUCCAGAAUUAAUGCGAGCAUCAGUUUUCUUUUAUACUUUCGCUUGAUUGCAUUGAUGACCGAUUGGUCCAUCGGGUGGCAUUCAGCAUUUACAUUUGGUGGGAGGUAGAUCACUUGAAUCAGUCCAUCGUCACUCUGUAGAGAUUCGUCAACGUCAUAAUGACUGGUGCAAUUAUCAAGAACCAGCAAUGCCUUUGACUCCAAUCCUCUCUCGGCCGAAAAUUUUCGAACAGCGGGGACAAACUCUUCGUGGAACCAUUGACGGAACAACAGUCUGGUCAUCCAAGCCUUUUUGGAAUGAUUAUAUGAAACGGGAAGUUCUUCGAUGUUGAUUCCUCGUGGUUUUGCAGCAGUGCAAAUGAAAUACAACGGAAGCUUUAGGGAACCAUCUAUGUUGGAGCAAGGCAUAAACGUAUACCUUGUCUUGUUUUGCUUCCGUCCGCUUGCCACGGUCUCAUCACAGGUAACGACAGAGCGUGUGGCUAGGAGCUUGAUGAACAAGGCAGAUUCAUCUGCAUUAAAGACUUGGGAUAGUGAUAGCUGCAUUUCCUGAAUCUUCUUCUGUAGAACCUUCUUGAAAUUUAGGUACGCUUCAACGUUUACCGAUGCCUUUUCUCCUGUUACGGCUUUCACGCGCAAUCCAAACCGCUGCUUAAAACGAUGCAUCCAGCCAUCCGAAGCAGAAAAACCGUGCACCGCAUAGAGCCCCCGGUCCUGGAACAUCUUAAACAGCAGCUCCGCCUUUGCUUUAAGAAUAUCCACUGUCAACAAAAUGUUGGACUGCCGCUGCUGUAAAAUCCAGAUGUAAAGAGCUUCUUCCAGCAAAGGGAACGUCUGCUCUUUCAAUGUUUUUCGAUUAUUUACACCAUAUUCCUUGAACUUGUCCACCGCCUCACGAAUUGCUUCUUUCUUUUGGAUUAUUCUCGUGACCGUAGAAGAUCCUACGCCGUUCUUCUUCCCAAGAAAGUCAUGCGUACCACAUCCUGCUUCAAAAUCUUCAAUUAUGCGAACCUUCUCCACCAGCGUCAGGAAAUUGCUCCUCCGUUUCCGGUUAACGUUCGUACUGGAUCCUUGCAAACCAUCCAUUUUGAGCCUGGCGAUCGAAAUGAACGUAUAUUAAAUCUACGCUAAUUUUAAUAUCAAACUUCAUUAAGAACUUACCAAUUAAUCCAACCUAGAACGAAACUCAACCACGAAUGAAAUAAACGUCAGUGGUGUGAAAACUUUUCUGCGUUUCCCAUAACAACAAACAAUCGGUGUGACCCUCGAUCGAUUUUCGACUUUGACAGUUCAGCCCAACGAGUGAAAGUCGUUCACAAAUUGGGCUAAGAGCUUAGUGCAACGAGUGAAAUUCGACUGUAAUACUAAAACCAAUACGAUUUGAGUUCGAAUUUUCUCGAUACGAGUUGCUUGUUUCGAAAUGCUCAAUGCCACCCCUGGUUUUGCCGCGAGUGAACGAAAGUGAUGGUUGCCAGAUGCUUUUCACAAUCGAGCUUAUCGAUCGAAAAUCAAAAUUGAGCUAUUAAAUGAUAAUAUUCGUUCUGAUCGGUAAUCCAUAUAACUCUAUUCUAAUUUAUUUUAUUCAUACCAUGAACACAACUCUUGAUGUUUUUAUAUUUAUUGCAAUGAGUUCUAAAAAAUAUCAUAUUUAAUAUCGUUGACCGUGAGCUAUCAUAAAGCUUUCAGGAAAACACAUGCGCAUGGAAAUGAAAAUAGUCGUUGAUUGUGUGAAUAAAAUAUAUCAGACGCUGGAGAAAAACUAUCCAAAUGUCACUGAGAAAAAUGCAAAUCCAUUCAUUAAUGGGUGACUCCAUCGUUUACCCGUCGUAACAACUUUUUUGCAUCAGAAACCAAGUAUUCGUUUCACUUUAUAUGGACGUUAGAAUAAGAUUGUGUACGCGGGCAACAAGAUACAUGUCGGCGUGGAGUGAAUCCAGGUUGAAUGGAGUGGCAGAUUUGUAUUUAUUCGCCUGCCAAUUAGAACAACCAUUUGCUUCAACUUGAAAUGAAUUGACGAGCGUUGAGAGCAAGGAUAACUGAUAAAUGAGUCAUGUUUGGGGACGAAUGCGUUCGUUGUGACUCAGUAGCAAGAUAAGAAGGACGUUAUGGAAGUAGUCCUGCUCUAAGCGAAGAGACUGAGAGGAGAGUUGAUUUUCAUGUUUCGUUUUCGAAUAUGCUGGACCCAGACCCUGUUCUAUUUGAGCUAUAAUAUUAAUUUGAUUUUUGAUGAUGGACCCACCUCAUAUAUUAAGGAGUUUCAACAUUUUUAUAGGAACCUUUUUUUUACGUGUCUUCCAUUACGCAGCACGAAUUCCAAUUAAACUAAUGUUAACAACGAUUAUGCAAAACAGCUAGACGAAGUUUUACCAAUGAUGGGAACUUCUCUGGAUUGUUUGAGACAUGAUACGGUCACAUUCAAACUUACCAGAGCUGUCAUUUAAUCCCAAUAUGGGCGCAGAAUUGAUCCUCUUCUUUUUUUCCAUCGAGGAGCAAUUCAAGAAAACAUCAAAUAUAUUUAAAUGUUUUACACAAGAUUUCAGGAGAAAUACUUUGUGGAUAAACUGAUGUCAAAGAUUUCCGAACCGACUACUGGGAACGCUGUACUGGACGAAAAAAGUAUACCGUUUCUGUAUUGUCAGAGCUUUAUAAAGAUGUCACCAUUUUCGAUAGAUCACACCUUGACGAAAUUGAUAAUCAUCAUAAUUUUGAGCGUAACUUUCAACUCAUCAGUAUUCGGUUUAGCGGAAUGGUUUUAAUUUCCUAUACAUAUUUAAUUUCAAUAUCGUAACAAGGGCGUAUUUCAUGAUGAAUUUUUUGAUAAGAUUGUGAUUGCUCCGAAUUAUUUCUUAAGCAUUGAACAUAUUCAUCACAUAAAAGGGGUAGUGAAGCAGUAUUUUUUAUUCAGUUAUUAUAAUAUUAUAUUAUAUUAUCAUAAUACCAUUUCCUAUGUUACUUUUUAUUUUGAAUUGUUUUUUUUGUCGAAUCAUCUAGCUACGAACUUCAACUAUGAAAACUUAGUAAUUGAAGUUAGUCCUCUUUUCCAUCACGUAUAAUCAGCGAAAAGGCACAGUGCACUUACAAUUACACGUGAACACACACUCUGCGAGGUCUUCCUAUUCUCUUCAUAAGUACACAUAUAAAUUCAUCUAUGCACAGGGAGGACACAAGCUAGUUGAUUGUCGCUUUGGCGGUAUAAAAUUAGCUUAUUUUUAGACCAAACUUAUUUUUUUCAGUGAACCACAGUUUUUAUGGGACUUGAUAAUGAUAAGGGUAUGCAAUAUUGUAUGGUUAGUAUAUGAUUAGUGAGUAAAGUUUAAAAUUUUUACUUUUUUAGUUACCGUUUCUUUCGAGGUGCCCCUACUGAAUCUGUAUAUUUGUAUUACUAUUUUGUAGAUAACAUUUUUGAAGAACUGAUUUUUCUAAAUAAUAUUGAAACCAAACGUUCGAACAGAAAGGUAAUUUUAGAUAAGACAAUAUAUUAUUAUAAAGCAAGAAAACAAAAGUUUGAGAAAUUUCACUCGUUUUUGCAGAAUUAUACAAAAUAAGAUUAAACGAAAAUUUAUGAGAAAAUACAGUAUAUAAAAAGGUCACUUUGUUUCCGCAUGUUGCAAGACUAAAAUUAUCCUAUGGAUCAUACAAAUUUGUUUGCCAUCACGAGUGUGACCCAAAAGCUAUAGUGAAUGCCAUCUUUUAUUUUAUAUAUAUAUACUAGCUACCGUUUUGACUAAAAUGUAAACUAUCCAGUAUUGUGAAACCUAAGAAAACAAUAAUACCCGUCUUGCAUCUUUCUAUUUGUUAUUUUUAACAGUAGAAGGAACAGCAGGAAGCGUUUCAAGUGAGCAAGAACAAAUAAACAAUACACACAGCGUCUAAUAGAUAAUAUAGGAAAGCCCAAGCGGUUAUAAGGCGCUUCUUUUCCCUUUCGAACAAAAAUAAAAGAAAAAACAAAACAAAACAAAAACAAUCCAAAACAACGCUGUAAUUGUAGCUGGUUCAAAACACACGAAAUUGAGAGAGAAAAUGUAGCGAAGUCAUCUGGAAACUUUUAUAGAGGUCACUUUAUAUAUAUAUAUAUACUAUAGUCGUAUACACACCAAUUACACGCGUACAUUUUACAAUUACAAUUAAGAUGACAGAGCAGCCUGCUUUACGACGUAAUUGUAUUUUGUUUUAUUAACCCAUUUUAUAGAAAAAUCUUUUCUUUUGUGUUUGGAAUAUUAUUAUGCCUUGUCUUUUAUAUACACGUAUUUAUUAUACACAGAUAAAAAAACAACAAAAUAGUACAUAAAAAAUAAUAAAAGUAUUUUGAAGGAAAACAAAAAACAAAAAAAAACAUAAUUUUGUAGUAUGUUUUUAGGUGAUAGAGUUCCCCAAACCAAUUAUUGAGGGCAGUAUGUAUUAGGCGCGUAUUAGUAGAAUCCCUUCCUCCCAACAACAACAAAAACAACAAAAAUGAAUAUGUAUACAAACAAUUUUUACCCGUGAACAAACCCGUUUUAAAACAUAAACAAACAAAAAUAUACACUCAUAAUGAGACAUUACAAUAUAACAAUUGAACGAGAGAUCAACAUAUUUUAACGUAACAAAAAAUGAUGUUUGCUAUUGAAUAACGUAAGCCAAGAAAAAGCAGUACACAAGAAAAUUAAAUCAGCUAUCUUUCUCCACAAUUUGAGCGAAUGAAUGUGUUUCGAAAUUAUUUCAAUUCGAUUGUAGAAAAAGUUUGCAGUAGGAUCUAGUGUGCGGAAGAUUUCUCUGUUAGUGCCGAUUUUAGUGAAGCCGAAUCGUUUUUGGUUGGGAAAUGCGGGAAUGCACAUGUUAAUGAAUCAUAAAAGUUACUGUGUGGUGCCAUUCAAUGCUAUUUUUCCAACAAUAAGAGCUCUCAAGGUAAACCAGUAAAUCAUUUUAGCCACAUUUCUUUGCAAAUGAUGAAGUUCAAGCUCAGCUAAACCGUGUGCUAGUAUUCAAAAAAAGAGACAGACACGUUUAUUGCGAUAAAAAGAAAUAAUCUUUAUUCAAAGUACAAUCGACAAAAAAAUUAAAAGUACAGAAUAUGAAGUCGAGUUUUUUAGGUGAUUUGAACAAAUUUCCAUCUUGUUGUGUGUAGGUAGUGGACAAAAAUAUCGGUAAUAAAUAAAAUGUCGGUUUCUCUCCGUUUUUUCAGAGGUUUUGUGAACUAACACAAGUUUUUGGAGUUUGGGAUAAAUUUGAGGAGCACUUCAUCGUAAAUUGUACCAGAAGUACAGUACAAAAUGUUAUGCGUACCCUCGGGAUGAACGAUUCGUAGCUUUCCUUUUUAUGCUGGUUGAUAAAGUUAAUUGGAUUUGUUAUUGACUUAGUUGGCAAACAAUUGUGUUAGAACACAAAAUCAUUGAAAAAAACAGAAAAAAAUCGUUUUUUUUUAUUUUCAUCCCAAUAUUUUUGUUCACUACAUAUAGACAGAAAUAUAAAUUUGUUCGUAUAAUAUCUUAAAGAAAAUGCUCUUAGAUGAUGUUACAGCAUUUCAUUAUCUGUUCCUUCAAUUGUCUGUCGAGUGUAUCUUCCAUCGAAUGCUAUACAUUUUUCCCAUCUCUCUGGCAAUUUUAUGAAACACCAAAAAAAUGUUCUCUUUUAGAAGAAAACCAUUCAUCAACCUAUUUUACCACAGUUUCUUAAGAACUGAAGCGUUGUUUAGCAAGUGUGUCUCAACGAUGCAGAUAGAUGGUCGGAAGGAGCCAUGUAAGCUGCAUGUGAAUGAACUUCUGAAUAAAACCGCAUCAACCGUUUCCGUGACCGGAUUUUUAUUAUGUGGUGGAGCACUACCUUGCAACAAAGUCACUUUGUGCUGCCUGUUCUGGCACUCGUUUUUUAUCCAAAGCUCAAUUUAAGGGGGUCUUCGAAGCCACACUGGUUGCGUGUUCGCCUACUAAGUAAUCGAUCGUGAGUUCCAAACUCAGGACUCCAAUUGACCAUAUUUGUGUUGUUAUAGAAUAGCUACUUCCACGCAACAAUCAUUAACGAUCGAGAUCGAUCCACGGUUUCACGGUUUCAGAAGUAUAAGUUGUGGGAGAAUGAAGAACAGUGGGAAAACACGUUUAUCGUUAUAGAAACACACGCGGUAUAAAGAAUAAAAGUAUAUUUAUUUGGACGAACUUGACUCGAGCACAUGUAGUUUUGGAAUGAAAAAAUAUAGAUGAUAUGUAAAGAAACUGGCUCCUCUGACGAGCAAAAAGUGUUGCCCGAUAUGUGGAAUGUUUUGUAUUCACCGUAUUUCGACACAGGGUGGUCCGUAAGUGUUGAUGAUUGUUACACUCCGACACUCCUCCUCAAUCUUCAACUCUUCACUCUGUAAGUCCCAGCAUUUCCGAGAACAUCUGAUGCUUCUUGGUGCCCAGUGGUUCUGUACAGAUGUCCGCAAUCAUAGAGUCCGUAGGACAAUACUCCAAUCGAAUCUCACGACGAUCGCACAGAUCUCUAACAAAAUGCUGGCGAGUUUCUAUGUGUUUAGAUCGCUUACUCAAACGGUCCGAGCUAACAAAGCUCAAGCAGCUCUGAUUAUCCUCGAAUACCGUUGUUGGAUGAUUUUGUUCUUCGUUGAAAUCUUUUAGCAAUCUGCGUAUCCAGAGAAGCUCCUGGCAUGUUUCACUUAAUGCACAAUAUUCGGCUUCCUUUGAAGACAAGGUCACCGAGUUCUGCUUCCUGCUUGUCCAACUAAUCGCGCCACCAUUGAAGAAUAUAAUACUGCCAGUCGUUGACUUCCUAUCCGAGCUGUCUCCGGCCCAAUCAGCGUCCGAAUACGCCACGAGGUUCUCUUUUGCUUUCUGAGACGAACCCAGCACAAGUUUCCACGUUCGCGUUGCCUUCAGAUAUCUUAACAUUCUCUUAGCUGCUGUCCAGUCUGAUUCAGUAGGACAACUCACUUUUCUUCCUAGAAUCCCAACAGUGUUGGCUAUGUCGGGACGAGAUGUAACUGCGAUAUACAGAAGAACACCUACCAAGCUCCUAUAUCUUUCACCAUCCUGUAGCGAAUAGCUGGUUUCCGUUGACUGAGGAUAACCAAUAUCCAUGGGCGUUCGGCUUGUUUUAGAGUUAUGUUUGUUCUUUGAACAAACGAGUUUUUAAAAAACACUUUAUUAUUCACUUUUCUUAAAGUCAAAUACUUAAACCUCACUGCACCGAUCUACACGCGAAAAAGAGAUUGAGCCACAUGGCGCUAACUCUUUUAUAGCCUAAAAAUGCUGAUUAUUAGUUUUAGCUAUCAACUCGUUCAUUGGCGCGAAACGUGGCGUGAUGCGCCUGUUGCUUUUCCUGACGGCUUCCCCCUGGGAUGAAAGUCGUCCUCGGCUUUCUGUUUUCUGGAUUUAUGCUUGCGGUACCAUAGUGAUCUUCGGGCGAGUUUGUCUGUUAGGUUCCGAUGGUUCUUCCGGGUUCUGAUGACUUUGAAGUUCCUCUAGAUGCGACAUUGAUGAUCUCGAUGGGAGUCUAUUCCAGAUCCAAAAUGAUAGAGCUACGAUGGAAAUAAUUGUUAUUGUUGAACCGAAUCCAAACGAUGUCCACCCAAAGAGUUCGAGUUUCCAUUGGAUGUUAUCUGUCCUUAGAUUGAUGUGUUUGAUAUGACCACGUUGUUCCAGAUGUAACUUCUGUAAGUAUUCUAUAGGGAAUUUGUUUGUAAUCGUAGUAAGAUUUACCGUCAAUCCCGUUGUUGGAACGAAUGAUGCCAGUUGAACUUCUUUAUUAAUGUUGGAGUACAUUUCGUCGUUGAUAAAAAGUGUGCAGUUUGAAAACUGUACGAGGAAAGAUCCCUUAAGUUUUCUAUGAUUCGAUGAGCAGUUCGAUGUUAUUGAUAUUUCCGCGUCAUUGAUAAUCACGUUUGAGUCAUCGACUCGUUUGAUAAUACCAUUGGUGUAGGUUCUUUCCAUUGGGCAUGUAGCUGAUUCACCUCUCAUCAAUUGUUGAAUGCAUUUGGUUAUUGGUUCAAGCUGCGUACUUGAGCAUACAUAGACGUUUCUACUCAUUUCGCAGAGGGAUUUUAGCGCAAAAGAUGACGGACCUUGUAGAUAAUAGUUGGUUGAGAUGGAUAUACGGGAGUUAUUGAAGAUAACUGGUUCGAUGAAGUUGAGAUCAUAUUCAGCAUCCUUGAUUCGUGGUACCUUCAGUAUGUAGGCAAUGGAUUCCUUGGAUGAAACCACGUAUGCACUAGCGAAGUCCAAGGCUCCUGCUAUAAAAUUGUUUCCUUCCAGAAGAUGAUGAAUUCUCGUGAUUUCCUCUGCAUUGAUAAUUCUGCUGCUUGGGAUGUUGUGUUGAGCCAAAACUAUUGCCUCCUCUAAAUCUUCUAAUUGUUGUGUGAGUUCAUCUAAGCAAAAGAGCAAACCUACUGAUCUGAAAUCCUUAUCGUUUUUCAAUGCUGUAUUAUUCAGUAUUAUUGUUACGUUAUUCACUUUUUCUGUUAAUUUAUUAAUUCUGUCUUCGAAUAUGUGAUUAAUUUUGAUUUGCUUUUCAUUCGCAUUUAUCAGACUAUUUGAAGUUGAGUUUAUAAUCCUUAAAUCUUCUGCAUCGGGGCUACCUGAAAUGUACUUCCAAAGUGAACCUAGUUUUUCCCAUCUUCUAACUCUAGUAGAGGGUUUUAAUUUCAAAAAUGUCUGUUCUAGUUUCGUUACUUUAGUUUGAAUUAAUACGCUUAGGAAAUCAGCUGAAUCUAUAUUUGUUUUUGCAUGAUAUAAAAGUGUUUCAACAGAGUUUUGUAAUUUAAUGAGAUCUACUCGGUGCAGUAUCCUAAAAUAAUUGUUGCUUACAUAAGCUUUUCCUAAAUGUAUGAUUGCUACCGGGCUCUUGUCUAAAUCGUGUACUAAAAUUUUGCCAUUCGUCGUUGUCCAAAGCCAGAGCCAUAGUCUGUAAUAGAAAAGUCUGUGUCUUAGUUAUCUGUAAAGUUUUUCUUAAUGUGUUUUUUAUGUGUUUUAAUUCCGGCCUGGUCGGUUACUGUUUUUUCUGUCUCAUUUGUAAUGUCUAUUAGUCUGUAUCUAUGUCCUCUAGGUGUGGGCUUAGCUUUGCCUUUCACCAAUAAUCUUUGUUUGUUUAGUUGUUUGAAUUCUUCUUUAGUUACUAAAGGUAUUUUCGAAUUUUGUUUGUGUGCCUGAUUCGUUAAUGAGUCCUUUGCGUUUUGUAAUGUUUUUUGUUUUGAUAGGUUGAUUUCUAUUGGAUUGAGAGAACUACAAGUGCCGAAAAUAACUUCUCUCGGUUUUAAAUUUAUUGACGAAUGUUUGGUUUCGUUAUAAAUCGCUGUGAUCAUGGCAAGACCUUCGUAUAAAUUUAGAUUCUCUACUUUUUUCUGAUUGGCCAUGUACAUUUCUAGCAAAGUACUGUGGAAUCGUUCCACGAUACCAUUACUGUCACUGCAGCUGGCAAAAUGCAAGGAGAUGCCAUAAUUUUCCAAAAAUUCUUUGAAUUUUGAAUUUCGAAAGCUUGUGGCUUGAUCACAAGUAAUUAAUUUGGGAAUGCCAAACGUUUUGAAGUAUUUUAUUAGUGUUUCUUGAAUUUCAUCUGUUGUCUCAUGCAUGAUCUUGUAAAUCUGUGCAAAUUUUGAGAAUGAAUCUACAACAGUAAGAAAUUUUUCAGUCUCCUUUAUAAAGACAUCUAUGAAAACAUUUUCGAAUGGUCCAUUGUAGAUUCGUCUAGAAUGAGGUAUAACGAAUGGUCUUCGUUCAUACUUAGCAAAUUUACAAGAUUCGCAGUUUUUGACGAACUCUUUCACUUUAGCCAACAUGCGGGGAAAGAAGACUGACUUCUGUACUUCCUCGUAUGUUAGUUUGUAUCCACGAUGAUUGAAGCUGUGACAUUUUCUUAUAAAUUCGUUCUGAUCGGUACCUGAAAUUAAAUCUGGAAGUUUGAUAUUAGUUAAAUGAACUUUAAUAUUUUUAAAAUUUGUAUCGAUAAUGUGUUGGCACAUUCGGGCAAUAUUCAGGUCGGCAAAAAUACCAUUUAGUUUCGUCGGAUCUAAGUGUCUUGUCAGAAUGUCUUUUAUGUCGUCUUCCGUAUAGUCAGGUUUGUGAAAUACAUGACGAAAAUGGUUUGGAAAAACCAUACACGCAAGGUAUGGACUCUUUGCAGCAUCAUCUGCUCUGUAAAUAAGUAGUUGGUUCGCAUAUUUAUUAAUGAUCUCUGGUCCAUAGAUCGGGUCAUUAUCGAAAAAUUGAUUAGAUAGUUCUUCGUUUAGGUUCAAUUCUGUGCGUGGAAUCCUUGAAAGGCCAUCAGCAACAACGUUUUGCUUGCCCUUCUUAUAAAUUAUUUUAAAAUCAAAUUGUUCCAAGUAGAGCCUUUGUCUUGUAACUCUUCCCGUGGAAUCUGUUAACUUUAAUUCCUUUGUAAGAGGUUCGUGAUCCGUAUAAAUCGUGAACUCUCUACCAUAAAGGUACGGUCUAAAGGUUUUGGCAGCAAAAUAAAUGGCCAAAAGCUCUUUCGCCGUGGCUGAAUACUUUUCUUCAGCUCUGCUCAAUGUCCUGGAUAGGUAUGCAAUAGGCCGUUCCUUUCCGUCAUGUAAUUGAGCUAGAACUGCCCCAAUGGCAACAUUUGAUGCGUCCGUUGUAAGAAUAAACGGAUUAUCGAAGUUAGGGUAAGCCAAAAGUGUUUCUGUUGUCAUGAUUGUUUUUAGCUCUUCAAAUGCUCUCUCGUAAUCAUGAUCAAUAUCGAUGAUUUUAUUUUUACCUCUGAGUUUUGAAGUCAUGGGUUUUGCAAUAUGGGCGAAUUUAGGAAUGAAUCGUCUAUAAUAACUUAUAGUUCCGAGGAACGAUUUUAAUUCUUUGGAGGUUUUUGGUAGAGGCCAAGACUUUAUAGCCUCUAUCUUAUUAGGAUUGGGUUUUACCCCGUCUAUUGUGACGACAUGUCCUAGGAAAGCUACUUCCUUUCGAAGGAAGUCGGAUUUGUCACAUUGAAUUUUCAAGUUCGCAUCCCUAAGGGUUUGGAGAACUUUUUUGAUGUCCUCUAAAUGACUUUGAAGAUUAGUACUGUAAAUGAUGAUGUCGUCCAUAUAGACGAAACAUCGGAUCCCUAAAUGUUUUCUCAACACUGUAUCCAUAAGACGCUGAAAAGUCGCAGGCGCGUUUUUCAGUCCAAAUGGCAUACGAAGAAACUCGUACUUGCCAUUAUCAAUAUUGAAAGCGGUUUUCGGGAUGUCUUUAGGGUCGACUUCAAUCUGGUGGAAACCACUAGCUAAGUCGAGCACUGUAAAAUACUGAGCUUUUCCUAGUCGGUCUAAGAUUUCGCUCACCUCAGGAAUCGGAUAUCGAUCCGCCGGGGUUUUUUCAUUCAAUUUUCUAUAAUCGACAACAAUGCGAUAUUUUCGUUUCCCAGAGUUGUCGAGUUUUUUCGGUACGACCCAGAUGGGGGAGGUCCAUUGUGAAGAGGAUUCUCUAAUUAUACCGUUUUCCAACAUUUUUGUAAUUUGGGUUGAAACUUCCUUACGGAGGUGGUAAGGAUAUUUAUAUGUUUUUUGAUGGAUGGGUUUUUCGUCCGUUGUAUUAAUAGAAUGCUUUACCUCGUGUGUAAAGGUUAGCUUUUCAUCAUCCGCAAAGAAUACGUCUUUGAAUGAUCUGAGUGUUUUGAUCAAAGCAUUUUUCUCUUCGUUAUUCAGGUGUUCUGAUGGGAAAUUCAAACGAGGAUUUACCUUCUGAUGAUUGAUUUCUAGUUCGAAAGCGUCACUAGGGAAUGGCUGAAGUGCCGUGUGGCCUUGUUCACCUUUCUUGGUUAGAUGCACGAAAGCUUUAUAAUUAUUUGCUUCAUAAACGCCUGGUUUUAAAAUUACGUUAGGAUUCAAACUGAUUUCCUUAUCAAUUAAAAAUGAGCCGUUCGUUGUGGUGCAGAUUUCGAAUAGGUUUUCAUCGGUGCCGUGGAAAUUGAUAGAAGUGGGGAAAUAUUUUGACACCGUGUAUCUACGAUUACUAAAUGUAACAAAUGCUCUGGAGGUGUCGAUUACCGCACCCAUGGCAGCUAAAUUUUCAUAGCCUAUAAGGCCGUCAAAGAAAUCAUGAAAUCUGAAGACAUAGUACGGAAGUUUUUCAUCGGAUACUUCCGGGAGCAAAUUUGUGUUUACCACGCGAUCUAUAAGAAACUUUCCGUUCUUGUUAUUUAUAACGGCUGGUCGUUUAAUUUUUGUCGAUAUAUUAACGUGCUCAGGGUUGAUGUAUGAUUUAUUAGCGCCCGUAUCCACUAGGAAAUUUAAAUAUCCCUUCGUGGUGGACAGGCGCAGGUAUGGAAUAAAGUUCAUGUUGGCAUGUUUGCUACACGAACGGUUUGAAAAUUUAUUUCGUCUCCUGUUUCGCUUGCAGUGUCAUCGUCAUCGUCAUUGUCUUUGUCGUUGUCGAUGUCGUCGUUCACUUCGUUAUUGUGAACUUCGGCUUUGUUCUUAUGAAAUGGUUUUGCCGCGGGUUUGAAGCGAGGGGGAUUGGAUUUCGCUUCGCCGUUGCUGUUCGGUUUGUCUUUGUAGUUGUCUUUUUGUCGUGGGAAUUUACUGUAUGAUGGGCGAUUUCGCACCUCAGCGUUUUGGUUGAUGCAUACCGAUUGGUAUGCAUCUUCUAAUGUGGUAGGUUUGGAUUGUCUUAUUAUGGAUGCGAGUGGCUCGCCUAUGUUGUCUAAAUAUUUGGUAACUAUUAGUAUUUCAAUCAGAUCAUUUGUUUGCAGUGGAUUAAGCGAUAGGUUCAUCUUGAUUUUUGUGGAUAAUUCUUUUACAUCCGUAUAAAAUUUAUGGUUAUUUCUAUCACCUCGUUUCAUGUGAAAUAGGUGAGACAAGUUUGUGGCUAGAUCUUUCUGAUCGCCAUAAAUUUCCGACAGAACCCGUUUUAUGCCAGGUAUGGUAUUAGGAUUUCCGUUUGCGCAUAGAACGGUGCGCGCAUCACCUUUUAUUUUAUUUUUAAUAGCCCUCAUAUAGUGGCUGGGUAUCGUGUCGGGAGCGUUGUUGUCUCCCUUCACUAAGUACAUUUGGUAUAUUUCUUCUAGCUCUUCAAGCCAGGCAGGUAAUUCCUUUUUGAUGCCUGUGAAUUCAGACAUGUUUCGAAUCGGGUCAGGCAGUCUAUAAUUGUCAAACUGUCUUCCACUGCUAAGCAGCAUUUCUUGGAGCUCAGCCACAGUAGCUUGGAGCUGCUCAAUUUCACUUGAUCGGUUGCUAGGCAUUUUCUUGCUUUUGCAAUUUUUCCACAGUAAAAGGAUAAAAAUGACUUACGUUAUUAUUUUCCACAUGUGUUCACAAGAUCGAAGCGGGCCUUAGCUGUCGUUCCUCGAUGAAGCGUCGUUCCUGGUGAUUAAUCCCCUGUUGGAUGACGUGGCUUUUCUCGGUUCCUGUCGCUGGGUCUCUUUUAGUUCACUUCGAUACUUAUCCGCACCGCGCUGCGCCAGUUAUGUUUGUUCUUUGAACAAACGAGUUUUUAAAAAACACUUUAUUAUUCACUUUUCUUAAAGUCAAAUACUUAAACCUCACUGCACCGAUCUACACGCGAAAAAGAGAUUGAGCCACAUGGCGCUAACUCUUUUAUAGCCUAAAAAUGCUGAUUAUUAGUUUUAGCUAUCAACUCGUUCAUUGGCGCGAAACGUGGCGUGAUGCGCCUGUUGCUUUUCCUGACGUAGCAUCUGUCAUUCCAAAUUUAGCGAUCGUUUUCUCGAUAUAACUACUAAGACUAAUCGAAUAUAUUCCAUCCUUUUGAUCUAUCUCCAUACCUAGGAAAUAGUGUGCUUUCCCGAGAUCACACACUUCAAAAUACUUCUGCAAUCCACUGUAAACCGUGUCGAUCAUAGAUUGAUCUGACGCCGCAACAAGUAAAUCAUCCACGUAUACGAGAACAAAAAUCGUCUUUUCUUCUGCUGUUGUCUUGUAGAAUAAACACUGAUCAGUUGAGCUGCGCUUGAAUUGUAACUCCGUCAGUACCUCCGAGAGUCUUUCACUCCAGCAGCGAGCGGAUUGUUUCAAUCCGUAGAUGCUUCGUUUAAGCUUGCACACGAGAUUAUCUCCUCCUGAUACUUCAAAACCUGGCGGCUGUCUCAUGUAGACUUCUUCCUCAAUAUUCCCAUAUAGGUAGGCAGUUUUGAUGUCGAAGUGUCUCAAAAUCAAAUUAUUUUUACCAGCCACAGCUAACAGCGUUCGCAUGGUUGUAUGACUUACCACCGGAGCGUAAACCUGAUCAUAGUCGAUGCCAUAUUUCUGAGCAUACCCUGGGCUACAACUCUUGCUUUAAAUUUCACAAUCUCGCCUUUUUCGUUCUGUUUUACCUUAAAUACCCAUCGGCUUCCGAUAAUCUUCUGAUUCGGUGGCGCCUUUACUAGUUCCCACGUGCCGUUUUUGUCAUGUGACAUCAUCUCAUCUUCCAUGGCACGUAUCCAAAAUUGCUUCUCAUGUGAUUCCAUUGCUUCACGAUAUGAAACAGGCUCCUCCACAGCGCACAAGGCAACGCCAACUACGUAAUCGGAUAGUUUAGUAGGCAUUGUGCCUCGAGUCUUUCUAUACGGUAACUGCUCCUCCUGAAUCGUCUCCGUUCCAUCAAAACAUUCGGUUUCACCAUUCUCACGUGCGUCGGACCACUCGUCUGCAGAAAUCGAUUCCCUUGAUACAGACACUUCCUUACUCGGAUUAGUUUUCUUCCGAUUCUCGAUAAGUUCCACUUGCGAUGAACCAUUAUUCCCUUCGAUGAAAGUAGCAUCUCUACUCAAUGUUACUGUAUCCGUUGCACGAUCUAGGAAACGAUAUCCUUUCCGAUCUUGAGUAUAACCAACAAAUGUGAGUUUUCUUCCGCGAGAAUCCAACUUAUUCCGCUUCACAUCUGGUACAUGAACGUAAGCAACGCUUCCGAAAACCCGCAAAUGAUCCAAUACCGGCUUUCUAGCGUACCACCUUUCAUACGGUGUACCGUCGAUGACUCUAGAAGGAAACCUGUUUUGUAAAUAAGCUGCCGUGCGUAUUGCUUCACCCCAAUACCGUUUCUCCAUUCCGGCAUCCAAGAGCAUGCAAGAAGCCAUCUCCUGGAGGGAUCGAUUCUUUCGUUCUGCCACUCCAUUAGAUUGUGGCGAAUAUGCGGUCGUAUACUGGGCAAUAAUGCCUUCAUCUGAGUAAAAUAGCUGCAAUUCUUUAUUAAUGUACUCACCACCUCCGUCUGAUCUAAUUAUCUUUGGCUUCUUGCCGAAAUAGUUCUGACAAAAACGUACAUAAUCCUUUACUUUAUUCUUGGCUUCUGAUUUAUCGUUCAGCAAGUACACUACAGUAAAUCGGCUAUAGUCGUCAAUUAGAGUCAUGAAAUACCGAUUACCACUCGGCGUGACAUUAUUAAACGGUCCGCAUAAAUCCGUAUGGACUAAAUCCAAAAUCUGCUUCGAUUUUCUGUCCACAACACUUGGGAAAGGCUUACGAGUAAGUUUUCCUUCGAGACACGUUACACAAACUUCUUUUUUCCUACAUUCUGACACGUUCAUGCCGCAUCCGAGAUUUUCUCUCAAAACUCUAUUCACAGCUUCUAUGUCCCGGUGGCCAAAGCGCCGAUGCCACAAAUGCCGACAUUUAUCACUAUGAUAAUCACCAACCGAUUGCAUCGCAUGUUCAAGUUCUUUCAGUUUGUAUAAGUUUCCGAAACGAACGCCAACCGCAACAAUAUUUCCCGAAAUGUUCACAACACUACAAACAUCAUUCGUAAAACGCACUUCGAAUCCUUUGUUUGUCAGCUUUCCUACAGACAACAAAUUUCCGUCUAGUCCCGGAACGUAAAGUACAUCCGUUAUACGAAUUUCAACUGGUUUUCCGCAACCAUCAAUACCGCGAAUCAAUCCGUCACCUGAACCAGCCGUUUUGAUUCUGUUGCCAUCAGCCAGCACAACAUCUGCUCCAACACGUUCCACCAGUGAGGUGAAGAAACUUUUAUCACUGGUCAUGUGACAUGACGCACCACUGUCCAUGAUCCAUGCAUUUUUCACCGUAUGCCCUGCACUGAAACACAACGGAUCGCUUGGAUUUUGUACUUGCUUUGCCUUCUGAGGUGUUGAUUUAACUUCCGACGAAGCACCACCACCGUUCUUCUGCCAUUCCAUAAAUUUUCGGCAAUUCUUCUUAAAUGUCCCGGUUUCUUACAGAAAAAACACUUUUUCUCAUCGUUACAUUUCGUAUUCGAUUUCAUGGCUUUUUCACCGACCGUUUUACCAUGUGACCUAUCCGAAUGACGCUGAUGCGCAUCUAACAGUUUCGAUUUCACGAGAUCCACUGUAAUGUCCGCGUCAGGCCUACUUUCUAAAGCCAUCACAAGACUAUCGAACGAGUCUGGCAAACUACGUAGAAUCAUCGCCACUUUUAACAAUUCAUCGAGCUUCUGCCCGACAUUCUCGAGCCGUUCAAACUAAUCAUCCAGCGCGAUUAGGUGCAUUUCCAUGUCACUUCCGUCGGUCAAAUUCACCGAACAUAACCUUUUUAGCAGCGACACUCGCGACGACAUAUUUGGUUUUUCGUGAUAUGCUUUAAGCGAUUCCCACACUUCUUUAGCACUUUUCUUCUUCUUGACAAGACUGUAUUGCGACUCUUCCAAACACAGACAAAUUGUCGCCAUAGCACGCUGAUCUUCACGAUCCCAUUCUUCGCCCGCUCUCUCCGGCUUCGGUGUUGUGAUCACAUUCCAAAGUUCCUCACGAAUGAGCAGCAUCUGCAUUCGAAAACUCCACGACUGCCAGUUUCCGUUGUUCAGUCGUGCGAAAGCGAGUUUCGAUACAUCCGCCAUUUUGUUAUCACCAGCACGUAGCUGCCGACCGGAACGAGAAAAAACAUACCAAACUGUAUUGCGAAAAACACACCGAAUAAAACGCACAACUUCCGAAAACGCGAACAACUUUUCGAAAUUUCAAUCAUCCACUGGGCCCAUAACCUGUGGGAGAAUGAAGAACAGUGGGAAAACACGUUUAUCGUUAUAGAAACACACGCGGUAUAAAGAAUAAAAGUAUAUUUAUUUGGACGAACUUGACUCGAGCACAUGUAGUUUUGGAAUGAAAAAAUAUAGAUGAUAUGUAAAGAAACUGGCUCCUCUGACGAGCGAAAAAGUGUUGCCCGAUAUGUGGAAUGUUUUGUAUUCACCGUAUUUCGACACAGGGUGGUCCGUAAGGGUUGAUGAUUGUUACACUCCGACAUAAGUUUCACCCACUGAAACUGUUCUGCUCUGCAAGAAACAUCGGGCUGUUGUGCUAAUAAUAUCACAACAAUGAUUAUAUUAACUGAAAGAAUUCUCUUAUGCCUAAAUGGCUACUGUGUAAUGUAUCAUAUUCAAUGGUACGGAAGGAAUAUUCUUACGUUUAAAAAUGGCUGCUGUGUAAUGUACAAUUUAUAGAUACGAAUAUAGAUGAAAUAUGUAACAUGCACAAGAUUAAAAUUGGCCUCUGUUAUAGCUAAAAUGCUAAUGGGCCUGUAUAAAUAAACAAAUGGGAUAAAAAAUACAUAGCUCCAUUCAAAUAGCUUUUUCCGAUCUUGUUGUUCCGUUGUUGCGCUUGAGUCUCAUCUUCGGCUCGCAGUUCACGGUCCUCGAACUAUUUCAAAUGUUUUCCACGCUCUUCGUUUCUCACGAAAAAAUAACCAUUUUGAAAUGUAAGCUUCGACAAGCAUUCGAUGUAAUUCUGCAGCAGUUUUUUAAGUGUUAGUAGACUUCCAAUGCUGAACACAAAUCGUACAAAAUCCGACUUGUUCAAAACUUCAAAACAAACGUAUGAUGCAGAGUAAAACUUGUUUUGUUUUGAGUUUAAAUAUUUUCUUAGUUGCCUAAUCGAGACAAUUUAGCGUAACAGUCUCAUAAAAAUAGUUUUUCGACACACAUUGAAGACAAAUUUACUCGAAUUUUUGCAAAGUUUUUUUGCCAGCCAAGUGGUCGAAAAAAGAUAGAACUGAGGAAUUUUUAAGUGUUGCCUCUGCCCACAUCAGAAAGUUGAUUCAAGACAACCAAGAUGGGUGCGACGUGAUAUAAAAAAAAAGUCACAGGAGGGUUGUGUCCAAGACACGACCGCAUAGUUGACGUAGGAUUCCGAUAGGCUUUCUGUUGAUUUUGGAUAUGUUACAUUAAAGAGAACACAUUUCGGUAGGAAUAAAAGUUCUCCCUUCUCCUUUUUUGAAUUGCCGAUUUCCCCUAGGCAGCUUGGUUUUGAUGUCUCUGUUAGGGAACACAUUUUGGUGGGAAUAAAAGUCCUCCCUACUUUCAUGUAUUUGCAAUGCCGAUUUCCCCCAGGAAACUUGGUUUUAAUGCCUCUGUUAGGGAACACACUUCGGUAGGAACAAAAGUUCCCCCUACUUACAUGUAUUUGCAAUGUCGAUUUCUCCCAGGCAGCUUGGUUUUGAUGUCUCUGUUAGGGAACACAUUUCGAUAGGAACGAACGAAAGCUCCCCUCUACUUUCAUCUAUUUGCUAUGCCGAUUUCCCCGGGGAGCUUGGUUUUGAUGUCUCUCAUAGUGACCCGCGGCAUGUGUCGUCAAUUUCGACCAAUCAUAAGUGGGUAUUUCUGUUAAAAUAGGGGUUGAGAUUUUUCAAUUGCUCGAUAGUUAGUUUCAUGACAUAUAUUAUUUUCUUCAAUAUAAAAAAAAUGUUAUGGAGUGCCGAAAUCGAUUGACGCAAAAAUUUCAUCAAUCCAUCAUGGAAUUACUGAGCAAUAAGCGUUUGAAAUUAGACAAUUUUCACGAUGUACUCGAAUUUCGAUUUUCAAUUUGUUCCCCAAUAUAUUCCCGAAAGACGUAAUACUACGUCAAAAAACAAAUACAUUUAAAUUUUAUCAAUUCAAAACUGCCUUCGGGCCUGCUAGUUCGAUGGAAGAUUAAUCUGCCUCCCUAAAUGAAUAUUGCUCAUGGCGUCGCUUGGUGCCGCCGAAAGCAGACUCGUUUGCUGAGGAGUGCUGAGCGACAAUCGAAAUGUCUUUCUAAAGGUAGGUCGAGAAAGAGUAUGAACUAGUUUUCUUCGCAAUGGCUUUCUCAGGGCUAGAGACGAAUGAACGUAAAGUUUAAAGUCUCUAUAAUUCAAAAAAAAAAAGAAAAAUAUUGCUACCAGAUGUCACGAACUUCGACAUUUUUUGCUACUAUGAUGCUACUCGCCCGUGUAGCUUGCGCAAAGGCACCGCAAAAAUAUUAUUUUAUAGAAUUCCUUCAUGCAUUUGUCUGAUAUGGGCUGUGUAUCGUUCGUUCUUGUUUUUGAAGGGACUUUAACCCAAAGGUCAUUCGUCCCUAACGGGCUGUGCGCUCCGUUAUAUACAUGCAUGCAUAUGUCCUUCGCUUCUUUUGCCAAAUCCAGUAACAGGUGGUUGAUGAAACGUAUGUUUUUGACGUGAUACGUUCCAUGUUAGUUGUUAGUAGAAAAUGUAAAAAUAAACAGUAUUUUUGAUCGGUUUUAUAUAGUUUUUGUGGUAAGUGGAAAACAGUAAAAUAAACUCUAUUGUUUCAAAACAAAUUGAUAGUCCUGAGAAGGUCUGGUAUGGUUUAAUGGGUUGUACGGAAUCUGCUGCGUUUCAGUCGGAUAUAGCAGUUUAGUUUUGGGAGCGGUAGCUUUUACGGAGGUGCACCCGUGGCCGAGUGGUUAGCGUCUCACAUUAUCAUGCCGGGUGUUCGGGUUCGAUUCCCGUUCUGGCCGGGGGAUUUUUUCGUCAAAGAAAUUUCCUUCGACUUGCACUGUGAUCACGCGUAUUCUAGAGCUUGCCCCUCGGAAUACAUUCAAGGCGUGUUAUUUGGUUUAGAAAAUCUCAACUAAGUAUUAAUAAAUGACGCUAGUUAAUGCAUACGUUGAGACGGCAAAAGUUCCACAGGGAACGUUAACGCCAUUCAAGAAGAAGAAGAAGCUUUUACGGAUUCGCUGAUGCUUUCCUUGACUUUGGCGCCAUCGGCUUCUGUUCGUCGAUUUGCGAGGGUUUGAUUGGCACCACUACGAUGAGCUAAACGACGGAUAGCGGGUGUGAUACGAUGUGAUGCAAUGCACUUCGCUCCUCUGCCUCCUUUGCCGCAUCCAAUUGUUGAUGUGAAGAGGAGCGCACCAGCAAUGCACACUAGAUUUAAUUCGAUGCUCUCCGCUGCUUCCUCUUCUUUGCUCCCUUUGCCGCACCGUAUCCAUCGUUGGUUGCCGAUGGCUUCCUCUCCUUUGCCGCACUGUAUGGUGUUGGUUGAUUUGUAGAGCACUGCACACUAGAAGCCCAGAUGUUUGCCGAUGUGAGCGUUGAACGAGAAUGAGAAAUCCAAAAAUGUUACCGUCCUUUUAUAUCAGUUGGUAUGUGAGAAAUAGGCGCCCCCCACUCGCUCGCCAUGCAAAUAUUUGACUUAUCGGGGAACGAAAGAAGCGAAAAAGAAAUGACGUCAAUUUCGACCAAUCAGUACCGUUUGGAUAGGGGUUGAGAUUUUACAAUUGUUCGAUAGUUAAUUACAUGAUAUAUAUUAUUUUAUUCAAGGUGAAAAAUUGUUAUAGAGUGCCGCAAUGUUUUGAUGUAAAAAUCUCAUCAAUCCGCCAUGAAAUGACUGAGCAAUACGCGUUUGAAAUUGGACAUUUUUCACGAUGCGAUCGAUAUUCGUUUUUCAAUUUGUACCCCAAUAUGUUCCCAAAAGACGUAAUCCUACGUCAAAAUUGUAAACAAUAUUCAAGCUUGUUGCAGGAUAAUAAAUAAUUUAAUCUAAAGGUUAAUGAAAAACUCCAUGUUUUGUGGUACUGUGUGAAUGUAAAAAGCACUGUUCUGUAUGCUCAAAUAAAAAUAUAGAAGGCGGAAGACAUCGAACUAAUUAUUUCUACGAUACAUGCAAAACCAGGACUACAUGUUGGGAACUGUUUCGAAAGAUAUCACAUGAAAGAGAAUUGUAACAUAUAAUUUUUAUAUGAAAAACAGCUCAUUAAAACACAUUUUCAGUAAAUGUCUAAAAUUUACAAAAAAAAAUCAUUCCGCCAAUUUACGGCUGGUAUGGCGACCGUUCUCCUUCAAAUGAGGGGCUUAGAAUGAAAGGGGUGUAAGUGAUUUGAUCGAUUUCUCUACAUCGACUCUCUCUUUUGGUCAUAGCUUAGCUGCAAACUCAUUCCCAGCUGUAUUUUACAAUGUGGAAUAUAGGCCAGAACCUCAUCUAUCGGAUUCUAUAGCAAACUCAAAUUGGAAUGUUUUUGCAUUUGAGUAAUUAACUAAAGAAAAAGUUGAUGAAGAGAAAUCGAUCAAGUCACUUACACCCCUUGCAUUCAAAGCCCCUCAAAUGUGAUUUGAGACAUUCUUCAUCGAAUCCAGAAGGGGCGUGUCAUCGACGUCAAAGUCGACACUUUUGAAAUACGCAAACCAUUUUCGUGCUGUAGGAGAGAAGGUAUACACGUCGCAAAUGUCCCGGGCUUCUCCGGCAGCUUUUUGAUCUGGAAGAAAAGCAGGUGUCGAAAAUGUUGAUUUUUUCCUCCUGUGUAUUGCAUUUCCGAGACUCAAAACUAAUCUCUUCUUGAUCUGCAAUCAUUACUGUAACCAUUCCACCGAUUUUGAUCAAUUUCUGUCGAUGCAAAUAUUACACUGUAAACUAUUUUCUAUCAAAAUGCAGACAUGUUCAUUCAGACGCUAAAAUGUUACAAACAAAUAAUUUUUUCAACAUCAUAGAUGUGUUAUUCGCGCAUAUAUGCUGCAUCUCCACGUGUUUCCCUUCCUUCGAGGAAUUUUCCGUGCAACAUGCCGAAUUGAAUUCUAUCACUCGAACAAAAUUUGCUAGUAAUCGCGAUUCGAAAAAAAAUACAAUUGUAAUCAAUUUUUUACCAAAUAGUAUAUACAGUUUAGUAGCAAUUUUAAAAGCAGUUGAACUGUUCAGUGCUCCGUCGAGCGAAUAGUUGCAGUGCAGUUAAUCAGAAGUAUAAGCAUAAAUCAAGGGUACAUACUGUCUGGAAAAUGAUUUUAACUGUAGGCAUACAAAAAAAUAAACACAUACAUACAACUUACCGAAUGUGAAAAAAAAACUUAUAGAGAUAUUUAAACAUGUUGAUGUAGCAUAACAAAGUCGUAAGUAUUGAACCACUCUUAAGAAAUAUGAAAUUUAUAGUAUCUACAAAUUGAACUUUGCAAGAAAUAUGAUUAGACUACCUAAAUUGGAAUAUGAAAAAACCACGAAAGCAAUAUUUUAUUGAUAAAUUUUCUUACUAAAAUCAUUUUCUCGGGAUAUAAAAAUGACUAACGUUUACCUAUUUAUCCGCUGGAUGUAGCACUAGUUGAUUUUCAACUCAAAGGAACAGUGAAUUAUGAGUAGAACGCUAAUAUUGCAGCACCAAUACGAAAAAGAUUAUUGUUUUACAAUCUGUAUAUUGACACACAGCACAAACUUCUUCAAAUAAUUGCAUUGCAUGAUUGAAUACAGUUUCCACGAGCGGUUUCCUGAAUAAACAAUUCGUAAACGACAAAUACACACAAAAAAUAAAAUUUAAAUAACCUAUAUAUAUACACAUACAUAUAUUCAACGUAAUUCUUCUGAAUGUUUACCGAUUACAGUUUUAUAGAGAAGAGGAAAAGCUCCGAAUAAAUUAACAGACGUUACGUAUUUUGCGACAACUGUUGUAUUAGAACGAACUGAUUUUUCCCGCUGUAAGUAAAUGUUCUAAACUCAACAAAUACAACGUUUGUGGCUUGAGCGAUGAUAUGAUUAAAAUUUCCAAAAAACAACAAAAAUGAAUUGAAGGAAAAAAGCAACACAUCAAGACCAGACACGGUUGUGAAAUAUUUUUAUACCAUAUGUGUUUUUCGUUUUCUGAUGAUUUCUACAGUCAAGCCCUAAGAAGCGAAUAACGGCUCUGAAUGCUAGGUUUGGUCAAACAUUUUUAACGAAGUGCUAAUAAUUUACAUUGCGUAACGGUCGGAACGUUUUGCCACUUUUUAAAUGAUAAAGAUUUCUAUAGAGAAACAAAGAGAGCUUACCAAGAAAAAAUCUAAAUUAGGAGGAAAAAACCUUGUUAUAUUAAUAUUUCGCGCAUUUUCGCUACUGGCCUAAGUUGAAGCGUUUUAAACGUCCUAUCGCCUGUCUCCCUCCCCCCGACAAAAAAAAGUUCUAAGGCAAAAGUUAAUAUAAAGUCAGUAGCCAGCGUUCGGUGCAAUCAAACUCCGAAUAUUAUUUUUUUACAGAUAAACAUUUUCCAGCACAGACAUUACUAGUAGUUUAGUACAAAGUACCAUAUUCUCGCUCUCAUGUUCAAGAGACAUAUUGUGAGAGACCAGCGAGAGUGUGACAACACAAACAAAAAAAAGUCGGAGAAAAAAAAUGUCAGACAAUAUUUAUACUAUAUUUUAAAUUUUCGGCCAAAACAGAUUUUAUUUCAUAUCCAUAUAAUUUUAGAACAUUUUUAAAAAACUAUAAAAACAAUAACAAAAAAAAUGAUAUAAAAACAAAAUUCAAGCCUUAUGAGAAUCGUUUUUCGAGUAAAUAUUAUCUACUUCUUAUCUGUAAUGAUACAUGUUCUUGAAUGUAUUUUCUAGCACAUAUUCAAAUGUAUGUGGAUCGAAUUUACUGUUUAAUGAUCUCAACAACCGAAUACACACUCACACACAUACACUGACACUCAUUUGCCAUAAUACACGUACACAAUCAGACAGGAGUAAACAACAAUUUCUCAGUCGUCUCUGUUUGAUAGAUAGUGAAGUUGAAGAUGUACACAUUACCAAAUUGUAUUUGUCAACUAGGAGAAUACAGUGGACGAUGGCUAUCUAGUUCUAUCGUUGAAAUUAUAAUUGAAAAAUAUUGAAGUAAAACCACAUAUCAUAGAAAGAGCAAAUCUAAGGUAAACAUCCGAAAGAAUUCCUAUACAUAGUACUUUUAUCUAACUCUAACACAUUGAAGUAAAAGGGAGGAGAAAGAAAAACAGAAUCACUGGAGAAUGAUAAACAAACAUGAUAAUAAUUUUUGGCGUUGUACACAUAUAUAGUAACGUGGAGACAAACAUGACAAAAAGGAUCAUUAAUAUUUAUUCACCACUAAGAAUCCUAUCCAUUUGAAAUCAUCUCAUUAUUGAGAAUUAAUACAAACUACUACUAGUGUUAAUUUUUUUGCACAAUAUUUACAACAAAAAUAAAUAAAAAAGCAUUACAAUUUUUAGAAGGAAUUACGAGGAAUAUUAAAACAAGAACUAUUUUUUGAAACAAUUAUAAACAAAAAAAGAUAACAAGCAAGAGUUUUAAAUUUAUAAUAUGAUAUAUAGAUCAAUUAUUAUUAUUCUUACAACUAUUACAUUGCGUUGAGUAGUUGCAGUUUCCAAAACUGACAAUGAAACACCUUAGAAACAGACAAGACAGAGAGAACAGGAUGAAGCGUCACUUCUAGAGGAUCACAACAACUAUUAAUAUAGAUUGCAAGCAGUUCAUUCCACGCAUUUCAAAGCAACCAAAAACAAAAUAAAUGAGUAGAAAAAAUCAAUACCAAAACGUAAAGUAUCGAAAAUAAGCGACAACAAAAAUUCAACAUACAACAAAUCAAAAAUGUGUGCAGUGUACUUAGAUGACGUAGAGAGUGAAAUGUGUAAAAUAGAAUUACCGAAUUUAGAGUCACGCGUUUUCUUGUUGAGUGUUGUUCAAAAUUUUCUGUCCAGUUCAGGUUAGUCGGGUGCAGGGUAAUCGUGAAUAGUCUGAAGGAAUUAUCUAAGAUAUGUUGCUUGCAGGAAACUACUUUGUUUUUCAUUGCAAGCUCAUUUAUUCUGUAGGACCUUCUGAUUCAGUUAUUUCAACAUUGUGUCUACCGAUUUUGACAUUAUUAGGAUGGUAGAACCGUAUCAAUCGGUAGGCAAAGUAUCAUUUCAUAGUAUUUGAAUGGGUCACUGUGAUACUUUAUACGAUCAAAUUAGACAACCUGUUUGAUAUUGGAGUACUAAUUAUCGUUGAUGUCUAUAAACGUUUUCCUGAUGUUGAAAUCGUCCAAAACGAUCUAGAGCAUCUUCACACCGGAGAGGUCUCACUCGACGAUGGAGCUCGUCAUUUGAGACCGAAUUAUAUACCUCAGGCAUCGGUUUACGAAGACCUGAAGCUUCCGCGGGUUUCUUGCUGAUACGUGCUGAUAGGUGUUCCAUCCACGGUUCAGUUCAAGGUCGAUAGUGCGCACCAUGAUCUCGUUGAUGACGAUGAGGAAUGGUAGUGGUGAAAGUAAACAUCCUUGCCUAACACCAGCCGCGACCCGGAAUGGGUCAGAUAAGACCCCAUUGUGCAAGACUCUGCACGCAAUGGCCUCGUACUGCGCUUAUAUUAGAUUGACUAGGAUUGGGCGAUCUGGGAUCGAUAUUCAGAAGAUCGAUCUUUUUCUCUCCGAUUUUCGAUUCAGAUAUUCAGAAGAUCGAUCUUUUCCUCUCCGAUUUUCGAUUCAUUGGGUCGAUUCUUUGUAUCCCAGAACAUCACCAAAAUCGAUUUUUUCUUUUCGGUCUUUCCGAUCUUUUUGUUUGAAAUUUUUUUUUCCAGUGAACAUUGAUUUUAACAAAUUUUAUAACCAUUGGAUUCAUUCCAAGGUUUCCCAAUUAGUGGUCGUAAACUUACGAGGACCUUUAUGUUGAUAAUCAUAAUAAAAUGUCUUUGAGGUUUUAAUAGAAAUGUGAAAUGUUUAUUCCAUGUUUAAAGAAAAGAUACCACUUUUAUAGAAUAAGUAAAAAAAUGGAAAAAAGCCAAUCGAUUCAGCAAAGAUCGAUUAUUUGGUACCGAUUUUAUUAGUGAAUCGAUUCCUACGCCAUUCAGAAAAUUGAUUCGUCAAAAUUGAUGUUUUUCUAAAGAUAGCCCACUCCUAAGAUUUGGGGGUUCAUUCGGAACUCCCUUGCGGCUCAGGGCGCUCCAGAGGUUAUCGUGGUUAAGGCAGUCGAAAGCUUUCUUAUAUUCGAUGAAAACCAGGUGAAGAGACUCCUGGAAUUCAUUGCUCGAUAAUGGUGCGCAGUGUAGCAAUGUCAUUACAGGCCCUACCAGCUCUAAAUCCCGCCUGCUGCCGUCGGAGCGUCGCGGCGGCCCGCUGGUCCUCGACGCUGCCAUCAACAGGGACAUCCUUAGCUCGGAUCCCAAGUUCAUCCACAAAGGACCUUUUCACGUACUAGUCGGCCUGUGUUAAAACGAUGACCGAGCUUUGCUACUCGCCCUCGGCACUCCUUCCUUCGGUACUGCGUUUAUUCCGCACGUCAAGCAGGGUCCGCCUGAACAUUCGACUGAUGCAGAUGCGGUCAAGUUGGUUCUCAAUUAAAACCAUCACUUGAGACUCACGUAACUUUGUCGCCAUGUCGUUGCCACAAAACUCCGCAAGCAGUUCGCCGUUUUCGUUCAUCUUGUCUAGACCUUGGCGUCCCAUGACGCGCCUAUAGUCCAUGUUGUCGAAACCUAUCUCCGCGUUGAAGUCAUGAAGUCGGAAUCUUGUACACGACGGCAUUUAGCUGGCUGUAGUGCUCCUGUUGCUCGACAGCGUUGGUUGUCGCGUAACUGUAAUUAUUGUAAGGUUUCGCACCCGUGUUCUGAAUCUGGCUACGAUCACCACGUUGUGGUAUGCCAGACUAAAGUAGUACCUGUCCCGAGGGUAGCCGGUGUUCUCCAAAGGUCAGCCACUUAAACCCAGCAUCUCGAGCUUCAUGCGCCUCGCCUCGCUAGCCAAUUCGGCAGGCUUACAGGCUUCUACAGGGUCAAAACUUUCCAUGUUCCAAUCCGUGUCCGUUAUUUCAUGUUAAAAUUCGUUGCCGUUAAAUCAGUACGUAUUCUUCUAACUUGGGUUUCCGUAAUAGAUUGUUGAUUUCGGAUGCAGUGUGUUAUUAUCCCAAUGAUCCUAUACUCCGCAACGAGUUUGCUAUCUUAGCUAUAGCUUCGGAGGAAAAGCAUUCCGUAUUCAGCCGCUGGAUGCCAGACAGACGCUGCUUGAGCCGCACCUCCAUGGUGAACAGACGCUUCCACAAUCAGGCAUUGCCAGCACGCUGAACGGCCCUUCACUGUUCAUGGCAAUAUAGAUGCAGUUCCCAGCAUUAAGAUCAGUUAUGCCUUGUAACAUUGCACUGGAUCGGGCACGGAAAAAAUGACGUGCUCUGCUGUUGAGGCGAUCUUGCGUAUCCGAACCGAUGUAAGGACUGCCUGAGGAAACUGUGGCCAUAUUGGAACUGUGCUAUUGAGCUGCCAUUAAGUCACCGACUCUGAUUUCAUGAACUUCCGGAUUUCAUUGCUUUCCUACCUUCCAUAGCACACGCUGUCCUCCGUCAAGGUCAUGUCAAAGGAGCAGACCACUUCGGAUAAUAUGAGCCGGUACGUUCUAUCAGGGCUUCUCUUAUUCUCAGGAUCAUUUUCCCAGAAUAAACCCUGCGGAACUCCUGUCGUAAUUGUAAAUCGCCUCUGACCCGUGGUUGUCCCGUAGAUCAGCAACCGGUUCUCAAAGUACCAUGUUAAGAAUCUGUAUAGAUAGUCUGGAACCUUCUUUUUGUGGAGCGCUAUAGCGAUAGUCUCCCAGCUGGCACUGUUGAACGCGUUCCUAACCUCAAUCGUUAUCACUGCACAGCAUCGGUUUCCAAUAGGCUUCCGUUUCAAUGCCAUCUCAGCUCUUUCGCUCGCUGUGCGAAUGGCAUCUACCGUAGAUCUUUUUUUCAGAAAUCCAAGUAGCACUCGUCUACACUCUUCUUCACUUGCUGUCCUGAACAUAUAAGGGAAUGUCAGGCCUACUACUUUUUGAGCCACUUUAGAGAUUUCAUCUAGGCCAGGUGGUACAAUGGUACAACGAAUGGUUUGGUGGUCACUAUGAAUGUACUUCACUCAACUGUCGUUACCCGAGGAACACGAUACAGCUUCACGAUCAUUGCGACAUCACAGUUUGUUUUUGUCGUUGACUUCCCCAACAGUUUAUCUGCAAUGUCGCAGUGGCUGAGGUGAAUUUGGGUGUCCUCCAUCCAGUGGCGUAGCGUGACCGGGUGACACCCGGGACGGAUGUCUUGAGUAUCACCCCUCCAAUCAAAUUUUGUUAGCCAGUCUUUGUUUCCGUUAUCUAAUGAAAAAACAAAUUUACCAAUCCAAGGAACCUAAAUGGGCCUACAUGGGCUGAAAAGACCUUGGAUUUUUAGUUAAAACAAUCAUUUUUUGGGCAAAGCUGUAUUUUAUCCUCAAUUUAAUUUCCUUCGAGGGCAAUACACUUGGUAUAGCGAGUAUCCAACAUUCCCUCUCUGUGGAACGAAACGUCUAAGUCUAAGUUCGAAAUAUGCCUCAGUGCCACUCUGCAGACUGCCUAUUAGACUCAGGAGUGUGGUAAUGGAUCCACGUUUCGUCCAUUGUCACAAAACUUUGAAAGAAGUCCACUCGAUUACGCUUCAACAACGUCAAACCGGCUAUUGAAUCAUGAACGUGCCGCUGGUUUUGGUCGACGGUCAGCAGACGCGGCACCCGUCACUCGGAUAGCUUUUUCCUGUCUAAAAUGUCGUGCAAAAUGCAUUCCACUCGUUAUUUUGAAAUGCCCACGGCCUCAGCUAACUCGCGUAACUUCACUUUACGAUCGUUCAAAACUAGUCGAUGCACUUGUUUUGCGAUUUCUCGAUUCGUAGCCGAGGCCAAUUUUAAAUUCACUAAACCACCGAUAAACUGUUGUUCUCGAGCGAGCAGAAGUGGAACAACAUUUCGUCAACCAUUGACUUGAUUGUUCAGGAGUUUACCAUCAUUAAUGUUCAUUAAUCUAUUUUUAUUGGCUCCAUUCAGUAUAAUUUAGUGGAGGCGAAUGAACUGCAAAGUUUAAAGCCUCUUAAAAACUAAGAACUGAACUGAGUAUAAUUUAUUUAUUUUUCGGAUUUGAACAAGUAUAACAGUUUAAUUAUGUGCAGUACUGAAAUUAUUAACAAUUCUGUCCACUUGACUUACUCCGAUCAGCGCUCACUUACUAACCUGAAAAGUGUUCGUACGUUCGUUGAUGUAGACAUCACCCACACCCUCUUUCCCAAAAACCUUGUUCGGUAGAAAAUAUUCAAAACGCACCUUGAUAGUGCGCGAGCCAAUUGUAUUAAGCAUGAAUAAUUACAACAACAAUGAGACACGACGAGAACAACGCACGCCACUGUGUAACGUGAAGCCAGCAGUUAGUCUCGGUAGUUCUUUACUUAUAUCAUCAGGGUAUUUCUUAGUUGACACUAUUUAGAAGCGAGUAAAAUUUCUGCAGGAUUUUGUAUUAGAGACAUACUCAAAUAUAUUGAAAUGCAUCAAGCAAAAAAAAGGUAUGUUGAUAUAUACAAGACAUAUUAUAUAUAUACAACGUACAUAUAUACAUUUUUGCAGCUUAAUAGUCAUAUUUUCCUGGUCAAAUGACAAAAGUUAGAAGAAAGAGAGAAAAACACAAAAAAAACAAAAAAUUAAAAAAAAAACGAAAAAUACUCGACGCGCACCCCACAAAAAGGAGUAAUAUUGGAGAAUAUGAGAUUCACAAAAAAGCAAAACAAGGAAAGAA